UAAAUUUUAGGUUGUUCACGAAUUUUACCUGGCCUGGACCAUGACGCCAACAACGUGAAGAAGUAAUAAAUAUCCAAUCAUUUUUGAUCUACAAGAAGCAAAGACACAAGUUCUACUUUUUAUUGUGGCUACAGACCUAGUAAGUGUUGUAGAGACAUAUGCAUGAUUCUAUUCAAUUAUGUUCACGUUUUAUAGCAAACGAUAACACAAGCCGCCCGUUUUUCUGCCAUUCGUUCGUUCGCUUGUCCGUAUCUGUUGUAAACCUAAUCUGUAAUAGUUUCACCCUGGAUUAGUCAUAAUUACUCUGGCUGGCAGCCUGCUCGCAAGCUUGGCAGUGCCGGGUGUAAAUUUGGCCGUUUCCAUACACAUUUUCUGUGGACUUUACAUUGUAUCACACUCUGGACUUUUUUCCGCGUUCAAUUAAUGUGUUUUUCUUUGUGCGACGACUCGAAAAACCCAUUUAGUUCACAUUUGCUAUUUGAGUAUGACAUAAAAGAGGCAUUUAAACUAAGAUUAUUUUCAGACAAAGGCGUGGGUAAUAUCCUAGUUUCGAUGCUGGAAAAUUAAGGAAAAUUAAAAUUUCAGACCUUGUGGCUUGUGUAUAACAUACGCAUCUUUGUUUUUACGCUCUACCAAUUUUGUGUGCAUGAUGUCGCCCAGCCUCCCCCCCCCCCAGCCGGAGUGAACGCUUGACCUGACAUCUUGUUGUUCAUUAAUCAACCGAUCACCGUUUCCGCUAGCCUGCCUAGUUUCUGCUGGGGUCUACACUGUAGGCUACGUUUGGGCAAAUUCCAUUCUAUCCGGUCAUUGUUCGAUAUAACUUAUGAAUCGGUGUAUUAAUUAUAUAUUAUAGCGUUGGAGUUUCAGCUGGGGGGAAAAAGCGAACUUUUAGUCACUUUUCGUCUUAGUUAUAGUUUAGAACUACAGUCCGGAGGCGGUAUACUUUUACUGAUGAAGCAUGAAAAAGCACUCGAGCAUUGCCUGAGGGGAUCUAAGCAAAUGUGGGUUAAUAUUUUCAAUAUUCAUGAAAAUGGGCGUGCUGGUUGCGCUUAUUUGUAAAGCUGGACAACGGACACAGUUCACUUUAAGGUAGCUUACAUUAAAAAACAUGAUGGACCCUAUGAUAUACUAGCUCUGUAUGAUCUAACUAUGAUUAACUCGGCAGUGAGUUCUGUAGAACAUCAGAUCACUUUAAGGUCGCCCACAUUCAAGAAAAUGUACUAAUUUUGCAUGAUCUAACCAUGAUUAACUUAGCAGUGAGUUCUGUACAACAUCAGAUCAUUUUACGCUAAUAUUGAAGGGUUUUGCGGAUGGGAAUGUAGAGUGUAAAUUUUAAAGAUUUAUUUAGACCUUAUACCAGGAGCAGUUGUAAAAAAUGCAACUAUAGGCCUGUGGCAGGAGGCUUAACCAUAGAGUAGCCCAUAUAGAAGAACAUGAUCUUAUUAAAGGGUAGCCCACGUUACAUUUUGAUGCUAAAUGGGUGAGACUUCAUUCCCCUUUUCGUAUUCAGAACUCUUAUUAUAGCGAAACUCACAUCGCUACGUAUAGGAAACAAUUACUUAACCAUAAAUAAGAAACAUAACACACUAUAAAUAAAUGAAAAAUUGUAUUCAUUAUUACAGAAAUCAGAGAUAUAAAGUAACAUGACCAAUAGUGUAAAAGCACUUUUGUUUCAUUAAUAAAUUAUUAUAUCUAAAUCUUCCAACUUUCAACUGCUUUUUCUCUGUAUCUAAACAAGCAAAAACCUGUACCAAUAAGUUUAAACUUUUUACCUUAGUAUAUAAGAACUGCUUGCCUUUAUUUUUCGCUUUGAUCUUGUGCUUGAAAAUGCUCCAAUGUACGCAGCUUCAAAAUGACAAAGUUAUCACUUGGCUGCUCUUUUUAUGCUCAACACUCGUGCAUACAUAAUGUGAUGUUUUGCUUUGUAAUGCUAACAUUUACAUUUUUUGUUUACGUAACCUUUUUCCCAUGAAAAGUUAACAUCCUGUUUUUUUAAGGUACUCAAUGACCUCUUAUUAGGCCGCGACUAUAUAUGAGAAGUUACUUUCGGUCCUUUUUUUCAAAUUUUGUAAGAUGCGAGGUCCUUGAAAUCUUUCAAAACUGAAGAUCAGGUCAGGAAGUGCUCAUGCAUAUCAGUAUUGGUUGUAUAGUGUUUUUAGCCGCCUAUUGUUCCAUGUACGCGGUGCAAAACUGUAGGUGGUAAAGAUGUAAACAGCAUAAUAGGGUAUAAUAGGUUAAUGGCUUUCUUUACAUUUUAUUCAUUUCUUAAAAUACUUUUUAAGUAAUCUAUAAAAUAAUUUAGAUUUUAGAUUUACUGAGUCGUGAGUCGAUGGUAUGAGAAAUCUCUACGUGGAUCUGGGGGCAUGUGCUCCUCGCCCCCUCCAGAUUUUUUUUAUUGCCUAGUGCUUAUAGAAACGCUAUUUUCAGCAUUUUGAGAGCAGUUUAAUAAAUCUCAUAAACAGUGAGACAAUAUCAUCGGUUCUUUGAAAGAUGUUUUGGUUAAUACUAAGGUAACGAAACAGCAGUCUUCCCAAUACAGCUUGUUUAUAAACAUGGAAAUAUUUUUCAACAGAAAAUUUUUUUUAUGAAAGUUUUGAAAUAAACAAAACAGCAAGUCAUACUUUUUUCCCCAUGACUCAAGAGUACACCGUUGCUCAGUAGGUGCAAUGAAGACCUCCACUCUUCUUUCAUUGUAAGCACAGUAAAAUAUUAUAAUCAAAGAGCACCCAUGCAUUGACCUUAUAAUUCAUUAUCGGUCAAUGGGUGUUCUUUGACUAUGUUGUUUACAAGGGCCUGUUGCCGGUUUGAAAGUCGAUUAACUUAACCCUAGGCUAACCUAAAAAAUUCAAAGCAAACUUCCUGACAGCUUGUAUGUCCAUAAAUUUGGAAACUUUUUUUCAGAAAUCUUGUCUGGAUCGAUAGGAGUUCAAAAACGUGCAGAAACACACAAGCCAAAACAGCGAGUUAAAUUUUAACUGAGAAUUAGCGCUAGUCCACCUUUGAACAACCAGCCCCCGGUGUGCAAAACUGUGACUGAUAUAGCGACUUGUGUCAAACUAGCAUCGUUUACUUACACCACGGUGCGGCUUGAAUAUCUGAACUAAGAGCUGGUUUACACCAUGAAAGUUUUUGUGAUCACAGUAGGAAUUUUGCAUAGGUAAAUUCUACGUUUUGAAGGAUUUGUAAGAAAUGUUUGAGGGAACUCACUCACUGUUUAUUAAACACUGGAUCAGUUUCCUCAAAUAUUUCUUACAAAUCCUUCACAAAUUAGAGCUUACCUAUGCAAAAUUCCUUUCAGUUGUAAUCACAACUGAAACAUUGUAGUGUAAACCAGGUAUUUCAACUACAGGGUGUCACCUUAGCAAUCUGUUAUCUGAACGGUUUCAAGCACAUUAUGGGAAUUUUUCAUGGGCUUUUAAUAACAACUUGUACAAGCAAAAUUUGCUAUACUAUCAAGCUGUAAACUAAACAACAAAAUAAUGUCUGCUGUUUGUACUAGCAUGCAAAAUAAAUUACUAAUUAUCUUGAAAACAAAAUAAAUUAAUAACAAUAUUUAAAUUAGUUCCCUCUAUCUCAGUUGGUAAACACAUUGCUGCCCUUAUAGCACGAUUGCCUCUGUUUUGUUUUGAUGUACCGCGGUGAUUAACUGGCAUAUCACCCUGGGGCAAAAAUGAAUUUAUAAUUGCCAUUGUUGCCCAAAGAGACAACUACAAACUCAAGCUCCUAAUCUAAGCUGUACGUCUCUAGAUGGGAAAGAGACUACCAGUCACACCUAAGACACGUCAGAAAUCUAUCACUCGACAUCUGAGGAUUAACUGGAUCAACAGUCAAAGUUCUCGCAACGACUGCACUUGGCACUGCUUCAAUUUGUAAGCCGCACUUGUACAGCCAGAAAUUAAUUUAAUUAUAGAAAUUAAUUAGAGUGAUAUUAGAGUACAUAUCAUUGUAUUUCUUUGGUAACCCAUAAGUACUCAUGCAUAUCUUUAAAAUUGUAUUGGCAUACUGCUUCAAUUUGUAUGACAAGCCAGCUGCACCAGCCAUCUUGUCGCUAUGCCACGCAGUUAUAAAAAUUACCUAUAGUGCAUGCAUAUAAUCUUUUUACAUUUAAUUGUUUUCUUUUCGUCACCCAUAAGUACCCAUGCAUAUAUCUUUUGAGUGCUUGUGAGACGAAAUGAUGAUUUUAUAUACUAGUAUAGUAGUUCUUGAUACUGAGAAUCUCGUGGUAUAUGACUCGUUUUUUUUUUCUUAAAGACCCAGGAAAUUUGAGUUUUAAUUUAAUUAAUUAAUUAGUACUUAGCUUGAAAAGACAUGCCCAUAAAAUUGUAUUGGCAUAGCUUCAAUUUCUACAACAAGCCACCUGCAUCCUGUCGUUAUGCCUGUUUAUUUUAUAAAAAUGACCUGUAGUGCAUAUAAAAUUUUCACAUUGAAUUGUUUUUCUUUGGAAAUCCACUAGUACCCAUGCAUAUCUCUAAAGACAUGCACUUACAAAAUUAUAUUGGCAUAGCUUCAAUUUGUAUGACAAGCCACCUGCACCAGCCACCCCUGUGGCUACGCCCUCGGCAAUGCCAGUGUAUAGAAAUUAAUUAGAGAAGACCAUGAUACAUAUAUUCUUUUUACUUUUAAUUGUUUUUCUUUGCCUUUGGUCAUCCACUAGUACUCAUGCAUGUCUUUAAAGACACUUGUUUUGGCAUAGCUUUGUGUGACAAGAAUACGUUAUUCUGUGCUAUAGUGCAUAAAAUUAUAAUCUUUUUACAUUGAAUUGUUUUUUUCGUCACAUACAUUGAAUUGUUUUUUUCGUAAGUAUACAUACAUAUGUAAAGGGAGUACUAAAGACACUACUACCUAUGCAUAUCUUUGAAGACAAUUAUGAAAUUAUAUCAGUUGACAUAUAGCUUCAAUUUGGAUGACAAACCACCUGCACCAGCCAUCCUGUCGCUAUGCCAGUUUAUUUAUAAAAAUUACCUACAGUGCAUACAAUCUUUCAAUUGUUUUUCUGUAGUCAUCCACUAGUACCCAUGCAUAUCUUUGAAAACACUUAUAAAAUUAUGUUGACACAGCUUCAAUUUGUAUGACAAACCAUCUGCAUCAGGCACCUGUCGCUUUGCCAGUUUAUUUAUAAAAAUUACCUAUAGUGCAUACAAUCUUUCAAUUGUUUUUCUGUGUAGCCAUCCACUAGUACCCAUGCAUAUCUUUGAAGAUACUUAUAAAAUUAUGUUGACACAGCUUCAAUUUGUAUGACAAACCAUCUGCACCAGCCACCCUGUGACUAUGCCAGUUUAUUUAUGAAAAUUACCUACAGUACAUACAAUCUUUUAAUUAUUUUUUCUGUAGUCAUCUACACUUUAGUACCCAUGCAUAUCUUUGAAAACACUUAUAAAAUUAUAUUGACACAGCUCAAUUUGUAUGACAAACCAUCUGCACCAGCCACCCUGUCGCUAUGCCAAUUUAUUUAUGAAAAUUACCUACAGUGCAUACAAUCUUUUAAUUAUUUUUCUGUAGUCAUCCACUAGUACCCAUGCAUGUCUUUGAAGACACUUAUGAAAUUAUAUUGGCAUAUAGCUUCAAUUUGUAUGACAAGCUACCUGCACCAGCCAUCCUGUAUUUAUAUGCCAGUUUAUUUAUUAUAAAAAAUAACUAUAGUUCAAAUAAUCUUUUUACUUUAAAUUGGGUUUUUUUGCCAACCAUAAGAAUAAUCAGAAAAGGCAGAUAUAAAAUUAUAUUGGUACAGCCCAUGUUAUAGAUAUGUGAAACAAUAAGAUUUUCCAACAGUUUGACAACGGUGCAACUUAAGUAGUUUACAGGCCCUGACAAGUAAAGUCAAUUCUAAAAUCCAUACCUUUCCUAAUGACUAUUAAUGAGCAUUAAUACUAUCAUUUAAUUUUAUAUUAAUCGUCCGUCUAUGUGUAUAGAUAUUUUACUCUAUAUUAAUCAAGUAUUGUAAUGUUUAGCUUAAUAUCGUACAAGCCCAAGCAAGUAAGCUAAGAUUGAUUUAUUGGCUUGUCCUAUAUAUAGGCCUAAUUGACAAAGUCAUUAAUUCGUACACGCUCAGUUUCACGUUAAAUAAUAGUCCAUGUGAAUGAAGCUUAUUAUUAUUUUCUAUUAAGAACGUGUAGUUUAAUUGACUUGCAUGUCCCCACAAGAAAAAUACGUGUUUACAUUGACUUGAGCUAAUAGAAAACGGAGCUUAUAUGACAGAGGUUUUACGUUCGGAGCCUACAGUCGAUAGAGAGCAAAAUUAUUUGGAGGGGGAUCGUAUCUCUUAGAGCUCCCCCCGGGACAACCGUCUUAUCUGGAAAUGACAUUCACUUUCAUGUGAAUCCCCCCCCACACACACACACACACAACGCCCCCCCCCCCCCACACACACACACUUUUCGUCAGGACCAAUUUUGUAAUUAUUUCAAAAUUGAGGAGAAACUGAGUUACUGUUUUCAUCUAUGACAUGAAAUACACCAAAUCUGUGCCUUUCAGAUUAUCAUGAAAGCUAACAAUAACUCCAGACGUUCGAGGCCUUGCUCAGAGCUCGGAAUGUCGAAAUUCUCCUUAUAUUUUUCAGGUAGUUGCAUCCCUAGCAACGAAAGCUUGUUCAAAAUUAUUAUGAGGGUCUAGUUGGGUGGGGGGCGGCGGGGGCGGGGGUCUGAAAAUCAGUAAACGGUAAACAUUUUGGUAUUAUAACGGUAACAAUAAGUAACAUUUUGGUAUUUUAACGGGAAAUCUUUGAAAAGUGUUCUGAAACGAUAAACAGUAUUUUUUCCUCACGAUUCACGCUAAAUUUUUAGUGUUUUCACGACUGACGGUAACCGAAAUUGAGUGAAUCACGACUCACGAUAUACCCCAUCAACACCAUCCAAUAUCAUAAAACGUGUCUAAAAUACAUGAAAUAGCGUUUCGUGCAGACCCUAAAAAUAGAAACAUUUUCCGGCAGGGCAAUUCGACCGCUCCGCCCCGCCCCCACUCGUUUGUGGCUGACUACGCCCCUGGCAUCUCUAUUUCCACCCGUUCCCCCAUCACGUCAUGUCAGAUGUCACAUUUAAGAGGUUGCAUGUAUGGGCGUUGAGACGGAAGGAGGUGAAACUGCGGGUUAUAUCAAUAUUGAAGGGUGUUUAUAUUCGAACUUUCCAUGUCCACAAAAACCCUUCAAUUCAUUAAGUGAGUCCCAAAGAAAUCCGACACCCAACCCUUUUGAGUGAGACGCGCAAAAUCCGGUUCAUAUUCAUGCCCACACUCUUUGUAUAUACACCCCUGACAACCUACAAGUCACGGGCAUUAUUUAGUUUACUAAAUAGUCUAAUGGUCGUGGCUGAUGGUCGUGGCUAAAGUUGACAGGGUGGGUUAGGAUAAACACAGUUAAGCAAGUAAUACCACAAUGGACCUUUCCCCUUAUAACUAAAAUUUUGAUCUAGACAAGUCUGGACAAAAAUUUCAUCACAGCUUGAAAGAGCAUCACAAAAUUAGUAAUAUUCCAAAGUUUCGUUGCGAAAUGUUGUAAAAUCAGUGCAGAUAGCCUUGUGAAAUUUGCCGUUUUUCAGUCAUUUUGUAUUACGCACGGGAAAUUGACAGCCCAAUCGCGUGUUGGGGCAUCAAUUUCCCGUUUGUAAUACAAAAUGACUGAAAUUUGCAAAUUUCGCAGGGCUAUAUUAUCCGCAUUUUACAACAUUUCGCAACGAAACUUCGGAAUAUUACUAAUUUUGCGAUGCUCUUUCAAGCUGUGAUGAAAUUUUUGUCUAGACUUGUCUAUAGAUCAAAAUUUUAGUUAUAAGGAGAAAGGUCCAUUAUUGUAAAGAUAAAAUAAUCUGGGCUAAAUAUAUAAUUAGGAAAAUUCGCGUCGCGUUGCCAAAUCGCGCCCGGUCUGUAUGGGCCUUUAAACUACUACUAACGCAAACUCUUAUUUCAAUUUUGGAACCAUCUCGUAAACUACCUCUCACGUCCAUCCCUUUUAGACAUUACCAUAUAGUUUAAUACCACUCCACUCAAUCUUAAAAAUACCAGAGUUUAUGCUAGAUUGCAAAGAAGACUGACCAGCCUCGUUUUCAUGCUUUUUUUGCAAUUUCAGAUAUAUAUAAUUUCGCUUGCAUUGAAAGCAUUAAGAACAGCUAACCAAGAUUGUGCGACCGUGUCAACUCUCUUGUUCGUUUCAUCCGGGCUUUUGGAUUACUAUGUAAGGCCUAGGAUCAGGGUUAGGAAAUGGGCGGUACAUUGAGUACUUUGGUUUGGGAGUCUUAUAUACUGCCUAAAUUUGAGCCUACAAUUUCUCUUCGUAUAUUCUAAUGCUCUGCCAACUCAACUGGCCUUUUCCAAAUCAAAAUUUCACGCAACAUUCAAUAAAGAUUGUGUAUUGAAGAUUUAACAUCUAUAAUUUUAAAAUUCUACAAUUACAUUCCUAAAAAACUGCGACAAAACCUAAUAUUAAACAGUAUAUGUGUACUGUGCACCAACCUUUUCAGUGUUUUAUCUAAUUCCAAGCCUUUUAACUUCCUUAAAACUCUUUCCGCUGUGAAACAGUUCACAAAAAUGAUUAGUUUUAAUUAAGCUGUUCCCCCUUUUAUGCGUGUCUGAUAAAUGAAGGCAAUAAAGACGACCUUUCGUGAUAUUAAGUAAUCCUUUUUCAUUUGUCUUAAUUUGUUUGAUCUGAUACCGUUGUUUGUUCACUAAAGUAUGAAGUUUCAUUGAGGUAUAUUGUUUGCAAACCAAGCUUACAAAAGCAUUACAUUUGAGGGGCUAUGAUAAGGUCCAGCUAGGCCAACCAUAUUUUAAAUUAAAUUAAAAUAACUUUAUUUACACUGGAUAGCUUUAUCUGUUCUAAGCUGGUCUCCAUAUAUAGAGAUCCAGUAAGAGUCAUCACUUAUUGAUCCAUGGUAACUACAAGAGGAAACCUAAACUAAACUUACUUUGUUUAUCAUUUCUAAGCUGUUCGACCUAGAGAUCAAGUAUGAGUCAAUAUCGGUGAAGGGUUACAACAGAAGGAAACCUAAACGAAACUUUAUUUUUAUCACAGGUAGCUCAAUUAUUUCUAAAUCAGAAAGACGUAAAUUACCUGACUUUAUUUUUCGAAUAAAAAUUAAUUCCAAUAAAUUGCUUUGUGUUUGCUCUUCAAAGCUCGAACUGAAACUGAUUUAUUUGAAGCUAAACCAGUUUUUUUAAGCAGUUGUUGUGUAGGUGAACUACCGGCAACGUCGACCUUUUUUCGUGUGUAUAUUGGCCUGCUCGUUGACUUGUUUCCUUGUGUUCCAACGUAAAUCCGGCAUUUGUCGCCGUUCUCGUUCGCCUGAAACCGCCGCGGCGUUGUUUUAACACAAGACCAAUAUAGGAUAUCCUUACUGGACCUUUGGGAAGAAUAGUUUGAACUGCAUGCUAUAGAGCUAUCUGGAAUAACACCAGACAAUAUAGGAUGAUCCUUACUGGACCUCUGCAUGGAAAAAUAGUUAGAACUGAUUCUUGGGUUUCACUACAGAAUCAUGCAGUGAAUCUUACGGGGGUUCAACCUCAAAUGUAUUAAUGUUUAUGUUGUACUGGAGUGAGAAAAUGAUAGGAAAUUCUAUGUAUAUUUGCCACCAAACACAAGGCUAAUACAUAAAAUGAACAAUCGAUUCACUCUGGCAACUGUGUUUUGUUUUAGAGUUGACCCCCCGUCACUUCUGUGACGUCAUAUGAAACCCAAGAAUAGAGCUAUCUGGAAUAAAUAAAAUAGUUUAGUUUAGGUCCCGUAGUAAAACACUGGAUCAUUAGAGAUCUUAAGAUUGACGUUUACAUAUGGCAGACCGCAAAGCGUAAACUUCAAAUCAUAUUUUGAAGGCAACUGUCAUAGCUGCUCGACGUUAAGACAACGUGUGUAUUAAAAUAGAAGCAUGAAUGAGCUACUUAGCGAAAUUUGACUGAGAACUUCCCUCCAAAUGUGACUGGCGGCUUGCGGUCUGCCAUCAAUGUCAAUCUUAAGGUCUAUAAUAAGAAAUGCUUCUUAUUUGCAUAAGCGACAACAAGAAAUAUUAGCAACAAAAUAUAACAUAAAAACACUGAAAUGCAGGAGGGAAAAGUUCCGAGACUUGUUGAAGAUUGCAACAUCGUACCCAGGGCGUUUUCCUUCUGCGAUUGGGCGUCGCGGACAAUUUUUCACACGGUGCUGAUUGGAUUAAGCGCCGCGUUGUUGUGAAAAAGAGCGGCACUUGCAAGCUCUUGAAUAACUUUGUUCUCAUCGGGAGCGGCGUUUAUAAACCCUAUAUACUUUCUGAAUUAAUAAACGGAGUAAUAAGCUUAACUGAACUAACUUUAUUUGUACUGGAUAGCUCAGCUAAACUGUUCUCCCCGUGCAAAGGUCCAAUAAAAGAUUUUGUAAAGAGAACCGCUCAAUACGAUAUUUUUGCGAUUUUGCAAAAUAUACGAUAUUAAAAAGAAAUUUAAUAUAUCUAAAAGACAUUUCAUGCUAAUUAUAUAAAAUUUGUUCAGAUGGGUCUGAAAAUAUAUUGAUAUAUAAACAAAUUGUUUAAUUAACCAUGUAUUUUCCCCUUUUGAAAAAGUUGCCGCGCGUCUUUUAAUUAGCCUUUCCCACGCUGCCAUUUUUGAGGUACUGUAAUUUUUCGUAAACGAUUAUAACAAUGUGAAAAACAAUAUUUCAGAACAAACUAACUAUUUGCAGAGUAAAUUUACCAUCAUACACCCACAAAAUUAUAAAAUGUCGCCGUUUCGUGGUGUUACGCUCGCAGGAUUGGCAAAAAAGUGCCCCAAAAAUAGCGGCGUGGGAAAGGCUAAUUAACCUUAAUUAAUUAAGCUCCGUGAGACAAAAUUUAAUUAGACCUGAAUUUAAUAGUAAAUUAUUUGGACGUUUGCAUCGUGUUGAAUAUAAUUGUUUUGUUUAAAAACAACAUAAUCACGUAUAUAUUCAUUUGCAAUAGGCGUACAGGCAACAAAAUGUGUUUUUUUUGGGGGGGAGGCGGUCGUUUUUGCCCGAUGUCGCCAAAAAAAUUUUUGCCCGACGGUGAACCAAAAAUUGCCCGACUUUGCCCUAUUUGGCAAAAUAGUACGUGUUUAUUUGGCAAGCUUUGAUAGUUUGGAUCAGCCUGAAAUAUUCAUCAGUGCAAAAUAUAUACACUAUAUAUUCUGGUGUGAAAGCCUUGCUAGAAAAAUAAAAGUAUUGUUUCCUUUAAAACAAUUGUAACUGGAUUUAUUUCCAGACAAGGGAAACAAACUCAUCAUAUCGAAAAUCCGGCUUUUGAAGAGUUUGUGUAUGAAAUUUUGCCUUGCGGCCUUUCUCAUCCAAACAGACGGAAAAGUCCGACGGAAAUCUGUCUAGACGAGAAACGCAUCUUAAAUUUGCAUUCAGACAUAUAACAAUACUCACAAUAGACAACUCGCAUGAUAGACUAAUUUUUGAUCUUGGCAAAAAAGUAGAUUCCCAUAAAGAACUUAUUAAUUAAAAUUAGUAAACUUGCAAAAUUUGGUUACGAAAUGUUGUAUAUAAAAUGCUGAAAAUAUAGCCUUACGAUUAAGUUUGCAUAUUUUGUGUAUGGAAAUUGUUACCAAUUGUUACUUAACUUUUGUGACAUCGUUCUGAAAUGGUGACACACAAAAUAAAAAUAACAACAUAUGAGAUUCUAGGUUUUUAUUUAAAGAUCCAUGUUUUCAUUCCGCGUAGUGUAACAAGAUUAAGCAUGAGCUAAAAGUAUUAUAUGAGUGCAGUAAAGUAUUAAAUGAAAUAUAACAGUUUAAGCACCAUAGGUCCAGGAAAUUUUGGCUGGAGAACUUCCUUGGACAAAUAAAGCCAACUUGUAUCCACUGGUUGGGUUUACAGGACCUUAAAUUAAAAUAAAUUUAAACAUAUAUUUAACCACACUUUAUAUGGGCACAUGGAAAGAUAUCUGUAUUAGAGAGCUGUCUGUAUUAGAGAGGUGUUCGUAUUAGAGAGGAGUUUGUAUUAGAGAGGUGUCCAUAGUAUAGAAGUAUCUGUAUUAGAGAGGAGUUUGUAUUAGAGAGGUGUCCAUAGUAUAGAAGUAUCUGUAUUAGAGAGGAGUUUGUAUUAGAGAGGUGUCUGUAUUGGAGAGGUGUCUGUAUUAGAGAGGUGUCUGUAAGGGCGCUUUGACUAUACUUGAUAAACUAUUCCUAACUGAAUUGAUUUAGUAUGCUACGUUUAAUUGAUAUAACCAAAUGAACAUACCAGCAAUGGUGAAGGUUGAAGAGGUUUUUGUUCGUAAGUAAGUAAACAUAACACCAGCCACUGUCUGUGUUGUUUUAUAAGAUCCAUAAUACUCAACCCAGCUGUUCAUCCAAGAGCUCUCGCCAAAUUGGUAACUUAAGGACCUAGAUGUUGUGUAACCAACCUCUAAAUUAAGAUGAAAAGUAGGGUCAAUGCUAGAUUUCUGCCCAAAAUCCUAUAUUUACAUUUUUUACAGCAACUCGUGGUUUAUAGGUUUAUGAAGAAAAUUUAUACUCCCAUUCCUUAAAUUGUAUAUUAUUCUAUUAUUGUAUAUUCUUUAUUAGAAUGUCCAAAAUAACAAGAAAGGCACAUUAGAGUGCACUGCAUGUUUAAGCAGAUGGUUAAAGUCUUUUACUAGUAUCUUGUUUGACAUUGGAGUUAAGUAGUUGAUGAAUGUACCUUACUUGGAUGAGGAGCUUAUUAACCUAGGAAGUUGCGUUGCCCAAUACGCCCUACUUUAUUAUUUUCCUCUGUUUAACUGCAGACAAUUUUACUCAUCAAGGGAGAGCGCUGGCGUUCAAUGGGUUAAGUUUGUCCCAUUUUCUUUUGGUGGAUGUCAAGAAGUAGUAGAUGAAUUACGAAUGUUCUGAGUACAUGCUUCUUCAUCAGAUCAUUCUAACUCAUUUAUUGCAGCAAAAAUCGAAAGUGUGAACGAACCUUGAAAGAGAAGCAAGCAAAAUAUCUGUGAUAUUAUACCUGGUUACUCUAGCAAGUAACUUCAAACUGAUGAAAACAUGAAAGAUUUUAACUUACUAAUGCUGACAGCAUUGUAGUCUUUGUUUGUGAUCACGACAUUGGUUGCACCAUUGGGAACAGUGAAUAUGAUGUUGUCCCAGACAUUCGAGCUAGGAGUGCUAGUAUAGGAGCCUGUGAUACUGCCUGAAAUAUGUAAGAUAUGGGUGAGGAGGGAAUAAAGGGGAGAAAGGGAGAGGAAAGGUGGAAGGAGGGAGAAUGAGGGGGAAGGAAUGAUAGAUGUAUUGAUAGAUACAAAGAAGGAGGAAAGGAGGAAAAGGUGAAAGGAAAGAAGUGAGGUCGUGAUGAAGUUAUAUGAACAACAUUUGUAAUGGUGAAUAUAACAAUGAAACCAUAAGCCUUAUGAAAGAUCAAGUUUUGUAAAGAACGAAUCACACGCAGUGAUUAUCAUUGGAAACCAAUAACAAUACUUGUUCAUUUUAGCCUCCAAUAUACUGGGAUAGGAAGGAGUAGAGAAGGAAAGAGAGAUAAUAGGUAGAGGAAGGAGGGAAGGAAGGAGGGAAGGAAGGAAGGAAGGAGGGAAGGAAGGAAGGAAGGUGAAACUAAAUAGGAAGGGAAAUAAAGUAAAGGAAGCAAAGAAAUUAAAUCAAACAACGGCUUCUUACUUUUGCAUCUGAAAAAAUCUUACAUACCUCCAGCGUUUGUUGGAGGAGGUUGUGUUGGUGCGACAUAUUCUGGCAUUUCUGUGCACACUCCUUCCACACAGACACCUUUGUCGGACUUACAGUGUGUACCAUCGUCCACUUUCCCAGCACUGUUGUAGAGAUUUGGAACUGUGGUGCUUAGACAAUGUAACGUACACUCCUGAUCUGAAGUGAAAUGACAUUCAUUUAGUGGCAGUCAUGUCGCGAAAAGGUUAUAAUGGAGAUGAAGGUGGUGAUGGUGGUGGUGGUGAUGGUAGUGAUAGUGGUGUUAGAAAUGGUGGUGGUGAGAUGAUGAUGGUGAUAGUGGUGGUGAUGAUGGUAGUGAUGGUGGUGGUGAUGAUGGAAUAAUGAUGGUGAUAGUGAUGGUGGUAGGGAUGAUGGUAAGAGUGAUUACAGGUAAUGGUGGUGGCAAUAGUGAUGGUGAUGAUUGUGACGAUGGCUCUUGCUUUUGCUCUUGGACUCCUACAGAGAACUGUUAUAUUCUGACCACCAUCAAUAAGGCUUCGUUUAAUUUGGUUUAGAAAAAAAUGUAUAUAAGCUUACUGUCAAAUAUAUGCGCCUUAGCCGGAUGGCCACGUGCCUCGCAUUGCAUUUCCCGGUGGUUCUUAUCCCCUGGACAACUCUAAAAUACAGACAGCAGCAUAAAUGUUUGAAACUCUUGCUUGGCACUGCCCAUACAAUUCUAUUAUUCUUACCUCAAUAUUGCACCAUUCUUGUGCUGCCAGUUUCCUGGUUUCACCCUGACAAUCCGCGCCAUUCAAUGACGGUUUCGGGUUGGUACAUGUCUUUGUCUGGAAUCGGACACCCCCGCCACAACUUUGAGAGCAUUCUCCGGGCUCUGACCAAGCCGAAAAGCCACCGUUAUAAGCUGAGAAUAAAAAGCAGAUAAAUAGAGGAUAUUACACGGCGGCGCGAAGCUAUGCCUUUUAUCUUCGAGUGGUGAAAACAAUAUUUUACGAACGAGCGCAGCGAGUAAAAUAUUGUUUUUACACGGCAAGAUAAAAGUCAUCUUCAAGCCACCGUUAUAUAGUUUCAAGCAAAUCAAAGUCAUUUGUAAAAAGUCACGCGAUCGAUAUCUUCACUAGUGAAGGUAUGGAAAAUAUCUUGCGGUGUAAUUUUCAGUAUCUCACUCUCUACUAUAUAAUAAUGAAUUUUACGUGUUAGCCUCGAGUUAGUUUCUCGUCACAAUUCAGUGAUCAGAAUGUUCCAUUGUCUUUUCAUUGUUUUGAAAACCCCACUGUUAUUCAUGCCAUCCAGUCAUGAUCCAGUGAUCAGAAUGUUCCAUUGUCUUUUCAUUGUUUUGAAAAUCCCACUGUUCUCCAGUCACGAUUCAGUGAUCGGAUGUUCUAUUGUCUUUUCAUUUCGUUCCCCCAGCUUUAUUUUAAAGACUUACCUGCGCAGUUAUCUUGAAAUGUUUUAAAUAAAUAAUUCGCUUUCAGAACAUUUUCUGCAUAUUGUCCAGCAACGUUGCCAUGUGCCAAAUAUCUUCCAACAACAUAAACCGUUUUUCUGUCGGCGGUUCGUGCGUAACCAAUGCCCAGUUGUACUGAAGCUUUCCAGACCACCUGUAAGGAAGAAAAUUACGUUUGAUUGAGGGGGUAGCAGUAGCUUUAUUUACAGAUUUCACCAAGCUGUUGAAGAUGAGUCUUUUACCUCUGGGACUGGACUUUGAUUCCUGCAAUGCGUAGUUGUCUGAUUGUCAUUUCAUCUUAUUCAUAUUUGACAGGAAUCAUUGUCUGGUUAUAAUUUUGCCAACAGGCCUUGGUGUCAUGUGGAUAUAAUUAUAGAGUUUGCAUUAGUCAAGUCUUCAGAAACCGUUACGUGUUAUAUGAAUACGAUUCUUUCAAGACCUUGUACCUGUGUAAAAUGCCCGAUUUGUUUAGACUCGUGUCCAGGUCGCUUGAAAUUGGUUUCGUCGUGACAGUAGUUGUAGUCCCAGACCUCGUCAUACCUUGGAAAGGAUAUAGUGGAGGUGAUAUAGGUAGACUUAGGUAAGAGUGGAGAUGGGGAGAGGAAGGCUGGAAUAAGAGAGGAAAUAGUGGAUAGGGAGAAGGGAGGAAAGGGUGAACGGAGGGAGGGAUAAAGUGAGGCCGUUGAGAGGAAAGGAAGAAGAGAGGGGAAGGGAAGGAGAGGGGAAGGGAAAGAGAGGGUGAGAGGGAAGAAAGUGACACGAACGAAGGGGGAAGGGAAAGAAAGGGGGUAGAUAGAUAGAUAGAUAGAUAGAUAGAUAGAUAGAUAGAUAGAUAGAUAGAUAGAUAGAUAGAUAGAUAGAUAGAUAGAUAGAUAGAUAGAUAGAUAGAUAGAUAGAUAGAUAGAAAGUUUAUUUAUACAUGCUGACCUCGUCAACCGAAGCUGAUUUCCAUGAGGGGAAACGUGUACAAGAAAGGGAGGGGAAAGAAAGAGGGUGGGAGGGAGGAAGAAUAGAGGGGGGAAGGGAGGAAAGGAAAAAAGGUCGGAGGAAAGAAAGGAAAGGUGGAUGGAACGAAGGAAGUAAAGUAAGAGGGAGAACGGAGGGAGUGCAGAGAUGGAGGAGGGAAUAAAGGGAGGAAGAAAAGGACGAAGGAAGUAGAGAGACAUGGAGGGAAGAAAGAAAGUGAGGGAGAGAAAAAUGAAGGAAGGCAGGAUGGGAAUAAUAAUGGUAGAAAGGAAAGGACGGAGGAAGUAGAGAGUAAUGGAGAGAGUGAUCAGAAAAUGGAAGGAAAGAAUGGCGACGAGGAAGGAAGUUGAAAAAAAUGAACGAACGAACGAACGAUAGAAUUGAAUAAAGGAUAGAAUUGAAUGACUUAAUGGGAAAUGGGAAUGAAAGCCUGGGAGGAAAUAUGACGAAAGAGAAGUAAUUUGUAUCAACGUUUUUGAUGAAAAAUUGAAAGAAACUCGACAGUCUUACCAGGCUUUGGUUGCAUUAGUUUCUGCGCUGGUACUGCCCCAAGCCUGUGCUAAAUUUUCGCCAGCACCUUCACGGUCACAAUUAGGUAGAUUGCAAUGAUUCAGUCCAUUGUUUCUUGCUGCUAAUAUUUCAGCAUAUUCUUGAGCUUUAGCUUCCAGGCUGCAGUUAGAAUUAAGAGGCAAUUUUUUUCAAUGUCACGUAUUUGCGAUGCAAAGUGUUCAAAACCUAAAAUCUUUUUGGCGUUCCUCUCAAAAUGUCUUUGUUUUAGGUUUAUUUUGUAGUUUACACAGUUAGCAACCUCUUUAAACGUAUCUGGCGGGUGAGAAACACAAAAUAAUAGUUAAAUAUUGUCAAUUUAAAUACAAAUUGACGCCAUAUUUAUACAGCAACGUUAGCAAAACUUACUGAACUUCAGACGUCAUUUUCUCUUUGGCGUACCAUCUAAAAUCUCUUCAUUUUAGCAUAACUUUACAGAUAAAGCACCAAACAUACUUUUUAAGUAUUCAUUCCCACUCAACCAUUCCUUCCUAGUGACACCUACGUAUGUGAAAUAAACUUACGCUGCAUUUCUAGUCAUUGCUGGAACGCCAUGUAGAGAUCGAUAAUAGUUAUGUAGGUUCAGUUGAUCAAGACGGAAAGCGUUGAUGUCAAAACCAGGGUUUAAAUUUGCAUCGUUUUCCAUUAAACUGGUCAUUAUCAUCUCACCAAUGUGAUUGGUUCUGAAAAGCAAAAUAACUUUAAGUAGUUUUUAUACUGGAUUGCUCUAAACUGUUCUCCCUAGAAAUACACCGUUUCUGGAUUCGCGACGCCAUCUUGCGAAGUGGGGUAAACACACUAGAGCAGCAAUAUAGAGUUUAAGCUUCGCGUUAUACGACAAAUGCCAGGCAAAGAAAAAUUUUACGGUAUCAGGCAAUGAAGAGUAAAUGAACUUGCUGUUUUAAAACUGAAAUACAUAAUUAUUCUUUCGACACAAGGAAGAAAAUAUGAAAAGAAAACGUUCAACGAAAAUUUUGCCAAGAAAGUUCCUACCUGCCAUUUGCCAUUCUCGGAAACGUGAAACUUAAACCCCCUAAUACAAUGACCCUAGGGGUACGAGGCAAUGUCACAAUUUAACCAUUGCGUUUUGCCUCACUUCCAGGUGAUCUCGUGUUCGUAUUUUAGCCAAUCAGCGCUCAGAAAGGGUUGUCCGAAUAGAAAUCCAUUUUGAUGUAUUCAGUCAAUUAUAUCUUUCGUUAUUCUUUAUGAAACUAGUUGAAAUUUUGUAAUUAUGUUUGGUUAUGAGAACUCUAGCUCUGACAAAAAUAUGGAAUCAAAAUAAAGUAUAUUACAGGAGAUAUUCAGUUGUUUUAAUCAUAAAAUGGAUUUCUAUUUGACAACUAGUGCCAGUACUUUUCCGCGUAUCAAGAUCAUCUGGUUGGCAAGAUGGCGUCACCAACCCCGAAAAGGCGUAUCUAGCAAGGUUUAUCUUUUAUUGUUCCAUUAUUACUACAGGAAGAAAGCUAAACUAAACUAACUUAAUUUAUACUGGAUAGUUUUAUCAGUUCUAAACUAUUCUUCCUGGAGGUCCAUUAAAGGGCAUUUCUUAUGUUACUCCUGAAGAAAAUCUAAAUUAAACUAACCUCUUUAUACUGGGUACUGGGUAGCUAUAACACGAAAUUUAUUAAAUUUUAGGUGUUCACGAAUUUUACCUGGCCUGGACCAUAACGCCAAGAACGUGAAGAAGUAAUAAAUAUCCAAUCAUCUUUGGUCUACAAAAAGCAAAAACACAAGUUCUUCUUUUAUUGUGGCUACAGAGCUAGUAAGUGUUGUAGAGACAUAUAAAUGUAUUCAACCAUGGCCACGUUUUAUAACGAACGAUAACACAAACCGCCUAUCUCUCUAUCAUUCGUCCGUCCGUUUUAAAACUUUGGGGCUGUUUAUACGGUCCCGCUUACCCGGGAUUCAAUGAAGUGUGACGUAUUUUGAGCAAUUGAAAUAAGUCGCACUUCAUGAUCUAACAAAAUUUCUUGUUACAAAUUGUAUGAAAUUCCAUGUUUUAGACAAAAAGCAAAUGUUGUUGAAUGUUAUUAAUCGUCUUCUUCCACUACAUAACUUCUAGCGCGUUCCUAAUUUCGUUCAAACAUUAAUAAGUUAUCUAACUUGUGUUUAUAGGGCUGAAACACGUAUUUCAAUUGCUCAAAAUACGUUACACUUCAUUGAAUCCCGGGUAAGCGGGACCAUAUAAACAUGCAGCCCCUAACCUUUAAUAUUUUUACCCUGGGUUUCUGGGUUAGCAGUAAUUGUUCUUUAAACAACCGACCACCAUUUGCCCAAGUUCCUCUAAUCUGGUCAUUGUUUGAUAUAACUUAUGAAUCGGUGUAUUAAUUAUAGCGUUGCAGUUUCCGCAGGAAAAAGCAAACUUUUGUAGUCGAAAGGCGGCACUUUUACUAAUGAUGUUAGGAUGAAAGAGCGCUCAAGCAUUGUUUGAGGGGAUCUAAGCAAAUGUAGGCUAAUAUUUUCAAUAUCAGUCGUGAAAAUAGACGUGCUAGAUGCGCUUAUUUGUAUAACUGGGCAGCUGACAAACAUCAGAUUACUUUAGGCAUAGUUAAUAGAACACAGGGUUUGGAAACUCAUUAGAAUAACAACAUCACUCAUUAUCUAUGUUAGUCAACGUUUAUUUAUGAGUAUGGUCUUUCACCGUUACAUGUGUAUUGUAUUUUUGCCAAAUCCACCAAAAGCAACUUCCAAAACAUUGUUAUUGGUUAUAGUUGCGCAAAAAUACAAUAUGCACGUGACGGUGAACGAACAGAUUUAUGAAUAAACGUUGACUAACAUAGAUAAUUAGUUAUACUGUUAUUCUAAUGAGUUUCCAAACCAUCUAUUCUAUUAACUAUGUCUUAUAAGGUAGCCCACAUUCAAGAAUAUGUACUACCUCUGUAUGAUCUAACCAUGCUUAACUCAGCAGUGAGUUCUGUACAACAUCAGAUCACUUGAAGGUAGCUCACAUUCAAGAACAUGUACUACCUCUGUAUGAUCUAACCAAAGGGUAGCGCACAUUAAAUUUUGGUGCUAAAUGGGUGCGAUUUAUUCCACUCUCUUCGUUUUCAGCGAAACUGCCGGACAUCGUUAACAUAGCUACGGCGGAAACAAUUACUUAAGCCAUAAAAUAAGAAACAUAACACAGUAUAAAUAAAUGUAAAAUUGUAUUCAUUAUUACAGAAAUCAAAAGUAUGACCAAUAUUGUAAAUUAAAGCACUUUUGUUUCAUUAAUUAAUUAUAAUAUCUAAAUCUUCUAACUUUCGUCAAAAUCAAAAAGCACAUGGAACUGUCAUUGAACUGAGCGAGUUUAAAAUUUGUUUUCUGCGCAUAGCAAGCGCGCACGACCACAAUUUCAUGCGUUUAAGCAAUUAUCUUGCAAACAAAAAUAUUUAAAAUUAGUUCCCUCUAUCUCAGUUGCUAAUGCAUUAUUCCCCUUGAUUUUGAAUCAGUAGGAUUCAUUAGCACUGUUAUAGUAACGUUGUAUUUGUAUUUUAAAAUUGUAUGGUUGAGUUAGCUCAUAUCAACAGGAGGGUGGCAUCACUAUAAAGCUAGCUUUUUCUAAUUAAGCGUUUUUCAUACGUACGGUACAGUACACAUACGGAAAAGUUUAAUAAAUUCAUUUUAAAGUUGACAACAUGCAUGCCAUAGUGAUGAUACAGUGUAAAUAAAUUCAGUAUUUAUUAUUACAGAAAUCAGAGACAUAAAAGUAUGACCAAUAGUGUCAAAGCACUUUCGCUUUAUUAAUACAACUCUAUAUGUUCGAAAUCUUUCAGCGAAACUGACAUCGUUAGCGAAACUGACAUCGUUAACAUAGGUACGUCGGAAACAAUAACACAGUAUAGAUAAAUGUAGAACUGUAUUCAUUAUUACAGAAAUCAAUUAAAGUAUAACCAAUAUUGUAUAUAGAACACUUUUGUCUCAUUAAUUAUAAUAUCUAAAUCUUCUAACUUUCAACUGCUUUUUCUCUGUAUAUAAACGAGCAAGAACCUGUUCCGAUAAGUUUAAACUUUUUACCUUAGUAUUAAGAACUGCUUGCCUUUUUUUUCGCUUUGAUCUUGUGCUUGAUGAUGAUGCUCCAAGUAUACACGCAGCUUGAAAAUGGCCGUAAAAUGAUCACUUGGCUGCUAUUUUUAUGCUCAACACUGGUGCAUACAUAAUGUGAUGUUUUGCUUUGUAAUGCUAACAUUUACAUUUUUUGUUUACGUAACAGUUUUUUCCCAUGAAAAGUUAACUUCCUGUUUUUUUAAGGUACUCAAUGACCCCUUAUUAGGCCGCGACUGUAUAUGAGAAGUUACUUUCGGUACUUUCUUUCAAAUUUUGUAAGAUGCGAGGAUUCUUGAAAUCUUUCAAAACUGAAGAUCGGGUCAGGAAGUGCUCAUGCAUAUCAGUAUUGGGUGUAUAGUGUUUUUAGCCCCCUAUUGUUCCAUGUACGCGGUGCAAAACUGUAGGUGGUAAAGAUGUAUACAGUAUAAUAGAGUAUAAUAGGUUAAUGCCUUUCUUUACAUUUUAUUGAUUGCUUAAAAUAGUUUUUAAAUAAUCUAUAAAAUAAUUUAGAUCUUAGAUUUACUGAGUCGAGAGUCGAUGGCAUGAGAAAUCUCUACGUGCCAGUGGAUCUGGGGGCAUGCUCCUCGCCCCCUCCAGAAUUUUUUUAUUGCCUAGUGUUUAGAAACGCUAUUUUCAGCAUUUUGAGAGCAGUUUAAAAAAUCUCAUAAACAUGCAGUGACACAAUGACUAUGUUAUAGUUUAUCUCGCAAUAGUAAAUGGUUGCUGGUGUCGUUUGUUUAAAAGAUAUUUUGGUUGAUACUAUCGUAACGAAAGACCUAAAAGCAUUCUUCUCGGUACCAUUUUUUUAAACAUGGAAAUAUAUUUCAACAAAAAUUUUUUUGAUGAAAGUUAAAAAAACAAAAACAGCAGGUCAUAUUUUAACCCAUGACUCAAGAGUAUAGCGCUACUCAGUAGGUGCAGUGAAGACCUCCACUUUUCCGUUUCAUUGUUUGCAAAUUUCCAAUCUAAAUGUUAUAAUAAAAGAGCACCCAUUGGUGAUUGGCCUUAUAAUUCAUUAGCGUUCAAUGGGUGUUCUUUGAAUAUAUGAUGUUUAUAUAUGGGGCGGUUGCCGGCUUGAAAGUCGAUUAACUUAACCCGAGGUUAACCUAACCUUCAAAGCAAACUUCAUGAUCACAGUAGGAAUUUUGCAUUGGUAUAGAGUUUGAGUUUUGAAGGAUUUGUAAGAAAUGUUGAGGGAACUGACCCACUGUUUAUUCAAACAGUUCCCUUAAAUACUUCUUACAAAUCUUUCAAAAAUUAGAAUUUACCAACACAAAAUUGCUACGGUGAUCACAACUGAAACAUUGAUAGGGUAAACCAGGUAUCCCAACUCCAGGGUGUUACCCCGGCAAUCUGAACGGUUUCAAGCACCGUAUGGGAAUUUUUCAUGGGCUUUUAACAACUUCUCCAAGAAAAAUUUGCUAACUAUCAAGCUGUAAACUAAACAACACAAUAAUACCGCCUACAGUUUGUAUUAUCUUGAAAACAAAAUAAAUUAAUAGCAAUACAAUAUGUUUAAAUUAGUUCCCUCUAUCUCAGUCAUUGAACUAAAAAUAACUGGAACGCUACGUUCAGUAAACUGCGCAUGCAAAUUUUGAAGCCAAAAUUUGACUCCCAUGAAGCCAAAUGAAGCCAGUUUUGACUCCCAGACACGCACUUCCACGCGUGUUUCUACUGCGCGAUUUACUCGCGAGACAAUACAGGGGACGCUCGAAGCAUGCCGUUUUGAACGUUUUCAUGGCAGGAUGCAAAUCGAAAGGGAAACGGACCUUUUCAGUUUAAAACGGGCCUUUUAAAGCCUGUGUACGACCUUGUAGAACUUAGCUUCAAAUUUUCGCUUGAACGUAGCGUUCCAGUUAUUUUUAGUUCAAUGAUCUCAGUUGGUAACGUAUUAAUACUGCAUGCCCUUAUAAGCACGAUUGGCUUCGUUUUGUUUGAUGUACCGCAACCGCUGUGAUUAACUGUCAUAUCACCAUAGAUAUCUUAUAUACACUAGAUAGUGCAUCUAAUUAUUCUGCAAUUCAAAAAUUGAAGCCGUGAUUGCAGACUCAGGAUAUUCCCAUGAAAUGAGAAGACUCGUAUGUUUUCUAUUUCUUAAACAGGGAACUUAAACAUUAAGUUAAACCUAUUCCGAAUACAUUUUCAAACUAUUCAAAUGAUGAAAGUUAUUGUUGUUUUUUAAGCGUUUAUUAGCGAGUGGGAAACUCCAACAUGGCUGCCAUCUAUUCAAAUGGGGGUAACCGCUGGAAUAUUCUUGGCUUCAAUUUUACUAAAAGAGAUGCGUUAUCUUGUGUAUAUAAGAUAUCUAUGCAUAUCACCCCAGGGCUAUAAUGAAUUUAUAAUUCUGUAGUCAUCCACUAUAGUACCCAUGCAUAUCUUUGAAGACACUUAUGAAAUUAUAUUGACACAGCUUCAAUUUGUAUUACAAACCAUCUGCAUCAGCCAUCCUGUCGCUAUGCCAGUAUAUUUAUAAAAAUUACCUAUAGUGCAUACAAACUUUUAAUUAUUUUUCUGUAGUCAUCCACUAUAGUAUCCAUGCAUAUCUUUCAAGACACUUAUGAAAUUAUAUUGGCAUAUAGCAGUUCAAUUUGUAUGACAAGCUACCUGCACCAGCCAUGCAUCCUGUCGUUAUGUCAGUAAAAAGAUUAUAUGAACUAUAGUCUAUAGUUCAUAUAAUCUUUUUUACUUUAAAUUGAGUUUUUGUGCCAAUCAUUAGAAUAAUCAGAAAAGGCAGAUACAAAACUAUAUUGGUACAGCCCAUGUCAUAGAUAUGUGAAACAAUAAGCCUUUCCACCAGUUUGACAACCGUGCAUGCAACUUAAGUAUAGCUUACAAGGCCCUGACAAGUAAAGUCAAUUUUAACCCAAACCAUUCCUAAUGAUUAUUAAUGAGCAUUACUAUGAUUUAAUUUUAUCUAAUUAAUUUUCCGUCUGUGUAUAGAUAUUUUACUCUAUAUUAAUCAAGUAUUGUAAUGUUUAGCUUAAUAUCGUACAAGCCCAAGCAUGUAAGCUAAGAUUGAUUUAUUGGCUUGUCCUGUAUAGGCCUAAUUCACGUUAAUAGUCAGUGUAAAUGAAGCUUAUUAUUAUUUUCUAUUAAGAACGUGUGGUUUAAUUGGCUUGCAUGUCCCCACAAGAAAAAUAUGUGUUUACAUUGACUUGAGCUAAUAGAGAACGGAGCGUAUAUGACAGUAGCUUGCUCCAAGUCUCUCUUUCAUUGUCAUAUAGUAUCGAUCCACUAUGGUGUGCAUUACUGUAAUGUACACUAUAGUGGAUCGAUACUAUAUGACAAUGAAAGAGAGACUUGGAGCAAGUCUAAUAUGACAGAGGUUUUACGUUCGGAACCUACAGUCGAUAGAGAGAAAAAUUAUUUGGAGGGGGAUCGUAUCUCUCAGAGCUCGCCCCAGGACAACUGUCUUAUGUGGAGAUGACGUUCACUUUGAUGUGAAUCCCCAGCCUGUAGGUCAACGCCCCACCCCCCACCCCCACACUUUUCUUCAGGACCAAUUUUGUAAUUAUUUCCAAACUGAGGAGAAACUGAGUUAAUGUUUUCAUCUAUAUCGCAGACCCUAAAAAUAGAAACAUUUUCCGGCAGGGCAAUCGACCGCCCCCUUAAUUAAGUGAGUCCCCAUGAAAUCCGACACCCAACCCUUUUGAGUGAGACGCCCAAAAUCCGGUUCGUAUUCAUGCCCACACCACAGAAUAAAGAUCAGUAACAGAAGGGCCAUUCAGCGGUGCAAUGUGUCCUCGUUUUUUUUAUGCAAAAAUAUGCAGUUUACUGGCCAAAAGGCGAAGCAGCCAGCCAGUACAGCGUGUUUUUUGGCCAGAAAAUGUCAUUGACUGGCUAGGAAAAUGGCGGCCAACAUCCGUAAUGCGACAUGCGCGAGGACAGAAACUUCAAAGCUUCCGAUGUAAGUGGCCCUUCUAUAUGGAUCUUUAUGGCCCACACUCUUUGUAUAUACACCCCUGACAACCUACAAGUCACGGGCAUUAUUUAGUUUGCUAAAUAGUCUAAUGGUCGUGGCUAAAGUUGACAGGGUGGGUUAGGAUAAACACAGUUAAGCAAGUAGUAUCACAAUUGUUGUAAAGAUAAAAUAAUCUGGGCUAAGUAUGUAAUUAGGUAUUAGAGACCUUAAGAUUGACGUUUACGGCAAACAUCAAACCGCUAGCGAAGUUUUUGAUUUUACAACUCUAUUAUAAUAGCUUUUGCACCAGUUUUAAAAUAUGUUAAACUUAUUAAACUUGUGCUCUUUAGCAAUGAUUUAAGAAAGCAAAUUAACCGCUAAUCAUGCCAUUCACCAAAGCAGUAAAUUAAGAUUUGGCGUUUGAAGUUGGCGUUUGGCGUAUAAAUUACAUGCUUGAACUGCUACGAGGGCUUGUAGUCGUUAAAGCAUGAAAUUUGUACGUCAAACGUCAACUUCAAACGCCAAAUCUUAAUUUACUGCUUUGGUGAAUGGCAUAACUAGUGGUUAAUUUGCUUUCUUAAAUCAUUGCUAAAGAGCACAAGUUUAAUCAGUUUAACAUAUUUCAAAACUGGUGUAAAAGCUAUAAUAUUAUAGAGUUGUAAAAUCAAAAACUUCGCUAGCGGUUUGAUGUUUGCCGUAAACGUCAAUCUUAAGGUCUCUAUUGUAUAAUACUUGAUGUAAAGCGCAUUUGAUCGUAUCUACGUGUGAAUUUCCGCUAUAGAAAUGCUAAUCGUAAUUGUAAUCGUAAAGGGGAUGGACUAGAGACAGGUUUUGAAGAUGGCCGCCAGUUUUACGUAUAUAAAAGAACCGGCAAGCAGCCACUUGUAACAAUACUAAACCUUACCCUCAUCCCACCCCUAACCCCCACACCUAACCCUCACCCCCACCUUAAUCCCCACACUAACCCUAAUACUAACGCAAACUCUUAUUUCAAUUUUGGAACCAUCUCGUAAACUACCUCUCGUCCAUCCCUUUUAGACAUUACUAUAGUUUAAUACCACUCCACUCAUUCUUAAAAAUACCAGAGCUUAUGCUAGAUUUUGCAAAGAAGACUGACUAGUCUCGUUUUCAUGCUUUUUUUGCACAUUUCAAAGAUGUAUAAUUAUGCUUGCAUUUAAAGCAUUAAGAACAGCUAACCAAGAUUCUGUGAUUGCCAACUCUCAUGCAUGCACUCUCAUGCCCGUUUCACCCGGGCUUUUGGGUUACUAUAUAGGGCGUAGGAUCAGCGUUAGGAAAUGGGCACCUUAUAUAGGUACAUUGGGUACUUUAGUUUGGGAGUCUUAUAUACUACCUAAAGAUUUGAGCCCACCAUUUCUUUUCGUGUAUAACUAGUGUUCUGUCAACUCAACUGCAUGCAUGCCUUUUCCAAAUCAAAAUUUCUCACAACAUUCAAUAAUGACUGUAUAUUGAAGAUUUAACAUACAUAAUUUUAAAAUUCUACAAUUACAUUCCUAAAAAAGUGCGACAAAACCUAAUAUUAAACAGUAUAUGUGUACUGCAUGUGCACCAACCUUUUCAGCGUUUUAUCUUCCAAGCUUUUUAUCUUCCUUGAAACUCUUUCCGCUGUGAAACAGUUUACAAAAAUGAUUUGUAAUUAAGCUGUUCCCCCUUUUAUGCGUGUCUGAUAAAUGAAGGCAAUAAAUUAAGACAACCUUUUGUGAUGUUAAGUAAUCCCCUUUUCAUUUGUCUUAAUUUGUUUGAUCUGAUACCGUUGUUUGUUCACUAAAGUAUGAAGUUUCAUUGAAGUAUAUUGUUUGCAAACCAAGCUAAUAAAAGCAUUACAUUUGAGGGGAUAUGAUAAGGUCCAGCUAGGCCAACCAUAUUUUAGAUUAAAAUAACUUUAUUUACACUGGAUAGCUUUAAUAUCUGUUCUAAGCUGAUCUCCAUAGAGAUCCAGUAAGAAUCGUCACUUAUUGAUGACUUAUAAAAACACUGAAAUGACUUGUUGAAGAUUUCCUUCUGCAUGCGAUUGGGCGUCGCGGAUAAUUUUUCACACGGUGCAGAUUCGAUUAAGCGCCGCGUCGUUGUGAAAAAGAGCGCCACUUGCUAUUUAAUAAUUUUGUUCUCAUCGGGAGCGGCGUUUGUAAACCCUAUAUACUUUCUGAAUUAAUAAACGGAGUAAUAAGCUUAACUAAACUAACUUUAUUUAUACUGGAUAGCUCAGCUCUAAACUGUUCUCCCCGUGCAGUGGUCCAAUAAAAGAUUUUAAAGAGAACCGCCCAAUACGGUAUUUGCCAUUUUUCAAAAUAUACGAUAUUAAAAAGAAAUUUAAUAUAUCUAAAAGACAUUGUAUACUAAUAUAAAAUUUGUUCAGAUGGGUUUGAAAAUAUAUUGAUAUAUAAACAAGUUGUUUAAUUAACCAUGUAUUUUCCCCAUUUGAAAAAGUUGCCGCGUCUUUUAAUUAACCUUAAUUAAGCUCCGUGAGAUAAAAUUUCAUGAACGUAUGGGCCUAAUCUUGUUUGGGGGGGGGGGCACAGUAUAGUUUGCCCGAACAGGCAAACUGAACAUUGAUAUUUCUCCCCAAAAUGUUGGCGAGUGGGGGGGGGAGGUCACCAAAAAAUUUUUUCCGGACAUACCAAAAACAAAUUUCCGGACAUAUCAAAUACUUUUCUACAGACGAAAAUUUUGCCGGAUAUAUAAAAAAUUUUUCCCUAACAUCACGUAAUUUUCGCAAAGAUACAAUAUUUUUUUCAGAACAUAUCGGGGGCACGUGCCCCCCCCCCCGUGGGGGAAAAAUUUUGGAAAAUGGCCCAUACGCCCAUGCAAAAUUUAAUCAGACCUGCAUUUAAUAGUAAAUUCUUUGGACGUUUGCAUCCUGUUGAAUAUAAUUGUUUUGUUUUGUGAAAAACAACAUAAUCACAUGUAUAUUUAUUUGGCAAGCUUUGGUAGUUAGGAUCAGCCUGAAAUCUUCAUCAGUGCAAAAUAUAUACACUAAAUAUUCUGGUUUGAAAGCCUUGCUAGAAAAAUAAAAGUGUUAUUUCCUUUACAACAAUUGUAACUGGAUUUAUUUCCAGACAAGGGAAACAAACGCAUCAUAUCGAAAAUCCGGCUUUUGAAGAGUUUGUGUAUGAAAAUUUUGCCGGCUUUUCUCAUCCAAACAGAUGGAAAAGUCCGACGGAAAUCUGUCUAGACGAGAAACGCAUCGUAAAUAUGCAUUCAGACGUGUGACCAUUAUUAUCUUAGUAUUCUUGAUUAUGCACCAGCGAUGGUGAUGACUUUUAUUCGUAAGUAAGUAAACGUAACACCAGCCACUGUCAUUGUUCUGAGCUCUCGCCAAGUUCGUAACCCUUAGAUCCAGAUCUUGUUAGAUCCAGAGGUAGUAGCUGCAUGCAUGUUCUUGAAUGAGUUACCUUAAAGUGAUCUGAUGUUGUACAGAAAUCACUAUUGAGUUAAGCAUGCUACAGUAACCUUUUUACUUUCGUGUAGGCUAUCCUAAAAAUAACCACAAAUGCAGAUUUUGAUUAUUAUUAUUAUCUAUAUCACUAUCACUAUAUGUCUAUAUCACUUUUACAAUUUAAAUUGAAAAACACUACUAGGCCUAACAUGUAUAUAUACACUAACUACACCCAAAAUAAAUUAAAUGUAAUAUAUUAACUAUGGUUUAUGAGUUAAAACAACACCAUAGCAUUAACGUAAUAAUUCUAGAGAACCUAUUAUUAAUAGUAUGCAUCAUUAUUUCAUAGUGCACCCUUAAUCCAUUACACAUGUUUUCAAGUGAGGUAUAAGUUAAAACCAGUGAGAAUCUAAACAGUAACGCCGUUACGGUAGCUCCAAUAAAUUUUAGCUGGAGCGUUUCCUUGGACGAAUAAAGCCAAAUGAUAUCCUUUGGUUGGUAGGACAGGCCCUGUAAAAAUAAGUGAAAAACUUUACAAAACUGGGUUAAAUUGCUCAACAAUAUGACGUAUAAACCCAAUACGCUUACUAAUAAUUAAGUUAUUGUUCUACCUACCAAUAACUGUGAUCGUGGAAUAGCCAGGCAGACGUUUGUAUUUAUAUUUAACACCCGCUGUGAUAAAUUCUGUUUCGUAGGAACCAUAGUAUUCCACCCAACUGUUCAUCCAAUCAUCUUCACCCCAAUUGUAACCCACACUGUCUUGAGGCGUUUCAUAACCCACCACUGAAAUGAAGGAAUAUAUCAAUACUACAAUCCCGGCAAAAAUUAUUGUGGACAGCGCUUGUGUAUAUAUAGAAACACCUAUCUUCCCCCAAUCCUUGCGAAACAGCCAUUUCUAGUGCAGUUUAAAAGUAGACAUGAUUGACCUCUUGUACUAUAAAUGAAGUUAGUUUUAUAUUUCAAACUUACACAUUUUCACGUGUUUGUAAUCUCUGUUGGUAAUCACAAGAUUGACCACUCCAUCAGGAACAACAAAAACCUUAUUCUUCCACACAUCUGCAUUUGGUGUCUUUGUGUACGAGCCGAUCAUGGCACCUGGGAAAAUGAAAUCACGUUUAGAAAAGUUGAUCAUGCAGCAGUUGAAACUGUCAAAACUAAGCUAAAUUUAUACUGGAUAAUUCUAGCAGUUCUAAACUGUUCUGUUAGUUCUAAACAGUAACCUAAACUAAACUACUAUCUUUAGUUAUACUGGAUAGCUCUAUCAGUUCUAAACUGUUCUCCCUAGAGGUCUAGUAAGGGUCGUCCCUUAUUGAUCCAGUGUUCCCAGGUUAUUUCAGGAUUGCCAGGACCCUAUAAUGAAUUGUAAAAUGUUUAUUUAUUUAAUGUCUUUUAUUGUUGUAAAAAUGGGUCAAUAAAGUUUUUGUCUUGUCUUGUCUUGGAAACCUUUAGUUAUACCGGAUAGUUCUAUCAGUUCUAAACAGUUUUCCCUAGAGGUCCAGUAAGGGUCAUCCCUUAUUGAUCCAGUGUUCGUACAGGAGGAAACCUAAACUAAACUAUUUUUAGUUAUACUGUAGUUCUAAACAGUUCUGCUAAUCCGGUGGUCGAGGUGCACAUAUGCACUAAUCAUUGUCAUCUCUAAUACUGAUGAUAAAUUCCUUUUAGAUGGAAAGAACUUUGAAGAAUACAACUGUUGUCCAAAACCAUUACCUGAAGAAUCCGUGGGAGGACGUUUCGUUGGAGCAAAAUAUCUGGGCAUUGGUUGACAAACACCAACAACACAGACACCCCUGUCCUUGUUGCAAUGUGUACCAUCAUCAACUGUGCCAACCAACAUGUAAGUUUGUGCUUUCUGGUAACAAUGUAAUUUACAAUCAUCUGCAGGAAUAGAUAUAUCGAUAGAUUAAUUGAUUAUCGAUAGAUAAAUCGGUUAGGUAUACGUGCUCAAUGUGUAAAAGAUGGUAGUCAAGCAGUGGUGAUGUUUAAGUCUGGUUUACACUAUCAAAGUUUCUGUGAUCACAGUAGGAAUUUUGCAUGGGUAAAUUCUAAGUUUUGAAGGAUUUGUAAGAAAUGUUUGAGGAAACUGACUUAAUGUUUAACACUGUGUCAGUCCCUCAAACAUUUCUUACAAAAUCCUUCAAAAUUUGGAAUUUACCUAUGCAAAAUUCCUACUGCAUGUGAUCACAGAAACUUUGAUAGUGUAAACUGGGCUUAAGAGUGAGAAUGUUAAGAUGGAAGUGAUCUUACUUUGGCCUUCGAAGUUAUGCGACUCAUCGGGAUAGCCACGGGCCUUGCACUGUCGGUCACGAUGGUUCUUCUUUCCUGGACAACUCUGAAAUAUCGCAAAAGGAACAAUGAUUGAGACAAUAAAAGUUGGACUGUGGGAAUUCCGUAGCAUAUUUCUUGUAGAUUUACACGGCCAUAAAUGCAAUAAUUGCUCCGUGAAGAUCCAGGCUUACGGUUCGAAAUAUUUACCAAGUACAUAAAGGUGUGGUUUCCACGUUAACAAAUGAAAAUGUCGCUGGUGUUGACAUACCUGUAUGUUGCACCAUUUUGCUGAUGCUAACAUUUUGCGUGGUCCAACACAGUCUCUGCCAUUCAGUGACGGUUUAGGGUUGGUGCAUUUUCUUUUCCGUAAACGAACACCACCUCCACAACUCUGUGUGCAUUUCUUUGGACUUGACCAUCUGGAAUAACCUCCGUUGGUACCUAGUGAUGGUAAAUUGUUUGUUAGGUAGUACCAUCAUGAUUAUAUUUGAAUUAUCAUCACAUCACCACUGCAUGACCACCAUCACCACCACAUUCAUCACCCUCAUUAUCACCAUCAAUAUCAUCAUCACUUCAUCAUCAUUAUCAUCAUCACCAUCAUUAUCACCCUCAUUAUCACUAUCAUCAUCACUAUCAUUAUCACCAUCACCCUUAUUUUCACCAUCAUCAUCACCGUUAUCAUUAUCAUCAUCAUCAUUAUCAUCACCACUGACCACCAUCACCACCACAAUCAUCACCAUCAUUAUCACCAUCACCACCAACAUCACAACUUAAACUAUCUUCAUCAUCAUCAACAAUAUAAGCUAUACUCACGAUAACAAUUAUUUUGAAAUGUUCGGAGGAGAUAAGAUGGCUUUGUCACUUGUGUACCAUACAGACCAGGUACAUUUCCAUGAGCUUUAUAUCUUGCAACAACAUAAACCCCAGUUCUGUCGGCAGUUCGAGCAUAACCAACACCGAGUUUUACUGAAUCUUUCCAAACAACCUGAAACAAUAAUGCUGUGAGUGGGUUUUCUGUAAGCGUUUCAGUCAUGUUCCAUUUUCUGUAAGCGUUCCAGAUGAUGGUCAAAUGUUGACACUUUAUGAGCAAGCAAAUUAAACUACAUCUCUCAAUUCUAUUUAUUUGCCUCCAAAUACAAGACUACUAACAUAAUGAAAAUAAUGAACAUUAUUUUCUCACUCUGGUAACUGCAGGUUGACCAGCAUCUGCUGCACGAUAGUGCUUAGUAAAUGAACUAGGUAACUUACCUGGGUGAAAUGUCCAAUCGGCUUUCCUUCAUGACCAGGUCUGUGCAUCUUCUUUCCAUUUUCUUUGUGACAAUAAUUGAAGUCCCAGAUCUCAUCAUACCUACGUAUAAACGUUGUGUAAAAUUUGUCGUUGUGAUGAUGAUGGUGGUGAUGUGGUGAUGGUGGUGAUGAUAAUGAUUGUAAUGAUGGUGGUGACGAAAGUGAUAGUUAGGAUGGUGGUGAUGGUGAUAGUGGUGAUGGUGGUGAUGGUGGUGACGAAAGUGAUAGUUAGGAUGGUGGUGAUGGUGAUAGUGGUGAUGGUGGUGAUGGUGGUGACGAAAGUGAUAGUUAGGAUGAUGGUGAUGGUGGUGAUGGUGGUGGUGAUGAUGGUAAUGAUUAUGGUGACGAAAUUUAGGAUGGCGAUGAUAAUGGCCGUGUUGAUGGUGAUAAUGGGUUAGUGGUGAUGGUAGUGAUGACUGUAACGUGGUAGUUAUGGUGGUGGUGAUGAUGACGAAUGAAAACAGGAAAAUGAUUGAUGACAAAUCUUAGACAGUCGUACCAUGCUUUGGUGGCAUUUGUCUCGACGUGUUCAGCUCCCCAAGCCCUAGCUAAAUUUUCGCCAGCACCGUAUCGGUCACAUGUAGGUUUUACACAAUGGUUUAGUGCCCCAGACCUUGCUGCCAGCACUUCCGCAUACGCCUGUGCUUGCAGGGUUAACCUGAUGGAAAGGAAAUUAAAAAACUCAUUAUAUUCAAUUUAAAAAAAGUGUGAUCACUUGGCUUAUGAAAGGAACCUUAGGAAAAUUCACAUAUCAUUUCACAUGUGAAAUAUUAUGUGAAAUUGGAACAUUUCACAUGUGAAAAUACUCAUUCAAUGUUUUCCAUAUGUGAAAUUUAGAAUUUUCAUAUGUCAAAUUUGAGCUUCACAUAUUUUUUCACAUUUGAAAUUAGAGGUUUAUAUGUGAUUGAAAAAGCUUUCUCACUUGUGAAAUCAUCUGUGAAAUUUUCAUAAUUAUAAACAAUGCAGCCUUUUGCGGUCCUCUCUAUAAAUUUACAUAAACCUACAUUGGGUCCAAAGUCAUUUUUGGGACUCGAUGAAUUUUGCGAUAGUGGUUGUGUAGAUUUAGCUGGUUAAUUCUGAACGCGACAAGGUUGAAUCCUGGAUUCAAGUUGGGGUCGUUGUAAUACAAGGUGUUGAAAAAAUUCUGAUCGUAACUUGGUCUAGAAAACGAGAUGAAAAAAUAAUUGUUAUUACGGCUCAGUUAUUUGACAUUGUGAUAUGGAGUAUGCAUUAACUGCUAGUUGUCAUAGGAGGAAUUAUGUUUAAGAUAAUUUCCAUAUCUUUUAGAUCAUUUCAAGUCAUUCACCUUGCUUGAGUUAUUACGACCAGAACUUGGAGAAGAAUUAAAUAUCCAAACAUGUUGGGCUGAAACGAAAAAAAAUCAUACAUCCCAAGUUAGACAACCCAUCUGUGCGUAAGUAGAUCUUAUUAAUUAAUAUUUAUUUGCCAACUAUAAUAUAUAUGUCGAUCAUUUGUGACAAAAUAGUCGUACAGGGUUCAAAUUUUAAAUGAGAAAUUUUCUUCUACCGAAACGUUGGAAAAAAAACCCAGUGCAUAAUGCGCGCGACGCUGAGAUAAGACCAGGUUUAGAGACUGCGCACAGAGCAGAUAGUACUUAGCAUAAUUUGCGCAAUGGUGACGCACGGUUUGUAAAUUCAAUUAUCUAAAUUACGCAAAUUUAAUUAUCUAAAUUAUAUCACUCGUCACUUGAUCAAAAUAUAUCAGGUAUUCGAACAUGCAUGGGCAUUAUUAAUUUCACCGAUAUAUUGUUGCAUGUUUGUAAGAUCAAUAAUAAUACAUGAAACAUCGAAACAAGCCCGGUUACAUUCAAUAAUUAUACUCGUAUAUUAACUGGUACAUUUUCCCUAAUUUUGUGUUUAUAUUAUCAUGAAGUUUUAACUUCUCUUUUCGACUCUUGUUAUAAAUUGCAAUAUAGAACAUAAUCUAAGCUACAAUUCACGUAUAUUGAAUCUAACACUAUAUUGGUCGUUUCACGAAUUGAAAAUUUGAAACAUACAUGUUAUAAUAUCACUAAACUAGAAUUUGUGAGUAACAUAUGGUAAAACAAACAAGUUACCUUUAAAUAUAUAAAUACAGUAUAUCCACAAUUCUUGCUUCGCACUGUAGACUAGCUCAUAAAUACUGUUUCCUAUAGUAGCAAACUCACCUUUUUAUACGCUAUAGAACUGCGGUUGUAGUAAUUAUGCUGUCUGGCCAUUAUUCUGGUUAGAGGGUGGCUUUCCUGUUUUCUCCGCUAUCGAGGUUGGAGAUACCUCACUCAUACAGGCUGGUGGUUUAAACAAUACCACAAACGUGUUAACGCCCUAUAUUGUUUUAAACGUUGUUCGUUCUCUUGAGAAUUAUGAAAAUAUUGUAAAAUGCAUUUAUGAAUAAUUUAAGACUGUCGAAACUCUCUCUCACGGGCACAUCUCUCAAUAUAAUGGAUAGUUUUAAUGCCCUGCAUGCAUGAUAAAAUUCUGUCUCAAUUUUUGAUAUGGGAUUUUUGAAUUUAUCAACAUUUAAUUUUUUUCAGAAUUUUUUUUUAUUAAGGAAACUUAUUUUAUUCAUAUUUCAGAUUUUCAACAUACAUUCGUAGUACACGCCAAAAUGAUCUUAUUUUUUAACAAUUUAUAUUCGCGCGCACACAAUAACAAAGGUUCUCGUUCUUCCGAACAAAACACCCUUCCUGUUGGCAUUUGUGCGCCGUAAUUUGGCAUGCGGGACGCAUUCUGCUGACAUUCCACCGUGGUUCCACCUUGAUUAUGCACUUGAGGAGUACACCUUAGUGUUGAGUGAUCUUCCAUGUACGCUUUAUGAAAUCACAGUUAUGAAAUCUCCCUGAUUAUUUAUAGCAUACUGCUGCUUAUGCGCGCUGCCUGCAGUUCUUAUUCUAUUAAUUAAUUAACGCUGUUCCGCAAAAACUAGCCGAGAAUGUUCUCUCCUUUAUAGCAGCUUUUCAUAUUGUUUCACAAUCUAUUUAUUUUUACAUAAGUUAUUUUAUUCCCAAGAUCAUACACAUGUACUCAUAAUUUAAAGCGCGUACUCACAUAGAAAUAUCAGAACCGUUAAUUGUAUAAUCAUGGUAGAAAUAUAUACCUUUUCAAUGUUUUGUAUUUUCGGUUAUUCUUUGAGACAUUGCUUUAUAAUUUUUCUAAUUGUAUAGAAGUUUAUAACGUUUCUAUAAGAGUUCCUCCCCACAGGCGAUUUGUCGCAAACUGAUUUCAUUUAACGUUGCGCGUCUUUUUAUGUAUGCACAUUAAUAACAUUUUUUUUGUAAUGCUAAAUUUUAAAUUUGUUUGCAUCAUGUCAAUCUGUGUGAAUGUGUAUUUACUGAGCAAACUCUGAACUUCUGAAGUAUUAUUAAAGUUUUGUUGACAAAACAAUAUCUUAAGUUUUGACUAGAUGUUGGCUUUCUUGCCAAGUUUGAUGAGAACUGAAGUUUGUUUUUACCUCAAUGUCAAGUGCCAGAAAAUUAAUGAUGGGAAUUCGCAUUUUUAACUAUCCAGUCUAUAAUGUUUGGAUGCAGUGUGAUCAAUCGUUAAUGUAUCUGCAUGUGUGCCUUUCACCUCCGUCAGUACAACAUUUGAGAAAACUGCUUCCAGUUUCAGUCUGAGUUUCUCCGUCCAUUUUCCUCUGUGUACUGACUCCUCUUUAAUUUCCUCUUGUAGAACUAGACGGGAUAUGGCCCUUACGAUCUCUUGGGAGAACAGUUUAUAAAACUGCUAAACUCUAUCCAGUAUACAGAAAGAUAUAGUUUAGUUUUUCGUUUUUCGUUUUUAUAAUGUUAAUAAACGUUCUUCUUCAAACUACGGUUAAUUGAAAACUUUGUCAUGUAUACAGCCUCGGCGGUAAGCGGUGAAAAAUACUCGUACAAAAAGACACUAAUCACAUUGCGUCGUUCCUUUUUAAUUUAAUAUCAGUCGAAUUUGAAGUUUCAUUGUUUUGACUUACGAAGUUAAAUAAAGCACUUCUAUCAACGCGCAAACGAUGUCAAUUUUCCAUCUUUGGUAAUAAAAAUAUUGGCGCGCACAGGUGCAAAAUGUCAAACUGUAAAAUUGGAAAUAAAAUAUAUGUUAGAACUCAUAUGCAACUUAUGCAGAGUUCAACCACGACAUCUUAUUGUAGAAUACUACCUACAAUCUACCUCCACGUUUGAGAUAUAUUUUUCAUGUAGUGCAGACUCAAACCACGGCAGCAUGCAUAUUGUAGAACACUGCUUACACUGGACCACCGCAUUUGAGAGAUGCAUGUAGUUUAUUUAUUGUGGAAAAACAAGUCACUCAAACGACACGGAAACUCCUUGACGUUAUACUACCGGCUGACGCCUUCGAUCAAGCAAAGGGCGGUGAAACAAUAUAUAUUCACGGGGAAAUUCGCGGUCGUUAAUUUUGUAUAUGAUUGUGUCUAGCGUUUUAAUAUGUAAUACUUAUAACCCGCAGUAUUUGGCUAUUAACUAUAGAUAACGCCCGCAAGAUAACUAUGUUAUCAACUUUACAGGGCAAUGUAGAGUCGUUAAGAUGAAAACAGCAGUGUAAAAUGGGCUCGCCUUUUUUUCUGAGAAGAUUGACAUAAAAUUUAUUCCGGUUUUCAUUUGUAUUCUUCAUAAAGAUUCAUGACCUAUAGAUGACUUCUAAUUCUAAUCUUGUUACUGUAAAACAAUGUAUCUUCAUCUUUUGCGACACAAUUAAGCUCCUAAUUCAAAACUUGCCUCAAAAUUUCAUCGGUAUAAUUAGGUUUUUAAUAACUGAAGAAGAGAUCUUUUCAAAGCUGCUUUCCAUCUACCGACUUAUUAACUUGUUCUAAUUUAAAUAUAUUUAUUGGCCCUAGGCUUGGUAUUAUUUCAUGCAGUCAAUAAAAUUAGGGCACAAUUUGUGUUUCAUUUAUAUUAAGUCCUUUUUGCAAGCGCUGGCGUUCAACGAUUCAUGUGUGAGUAAUUUGCGCCAUCCCUGAUAUUGAUCCAAUGUAUACUGAAUGCAGAAGUGAACCUGCGAUGUUUUGUGAAGUCAAAUUGAAAGCACUCUUCUAGUCACAUCUAACUGCACCACUAUAUGCACUGGUCUAUACACUGUCAGAGUUUCUGCAGUGAUCACAGUAGGAAUUGUACAUGGAUAAAGUUUUGGAAGAUUUGUAAGAAAUGUUUGAAGGAACUAAUUACUAUAUAGUCAAGCACCUAUAGUCGGUUCCCACAAACAUUUCUUACAAAUCCUCCAAAUCUUAGACUUUACCUAUGCGAAAUUCCUACUGUGAUCACAGAAACUUUAAUAGUGUAAACUAGGCUUAUGACUGGGCUUCGAUUCCUAAAAUGUGAAAGACGCAUACAUGCACUCAAUAUAAAGACUGCACGACCGACACCCCAGGGAUGUUCUGACCAAAAAUGCUUGAGAUUGACUGCAUAGAUGAAAUUGGAUUUGCACUGCAGCCAAAGGGGGGGGGGGGCGUCUUAAAGUCUCAAUGUUUUUGUUAGGCUCAGCUCAAAUUUCAAUUCUGCAAAAUGCGAUUUUUAACUGCUAAAUCUAUUCACCAUACGUUCCAUGUGUUUUUCAAUAAGCAUGAGAAGAAUAUAAAAUUAUAAGAAAAUUAACAGUCACCUUUCCUCGGACUUGCGUAAAAUUCUUGCUCUCCAAUGAUCUGCACACUUCGUACAUGCGAACUCUUGAGAUUCAAUUUGCAGGGCUGCACAAGCAGAAUUUUUAAACUAAGUUCGAUCAUAAAUUUUUAACUAAGCUCAUUAUCGUCAAUGGCCUGUCAGAUAAAAUGUCGGAAACAAAUCAAUGCAUCUGAUUUGAUUCAUAUUUUAUGGCAUUUGGCACUUGUCUUAGAUGUUUCCGCGAUUAAAGCGUUGUACAUGUAUUUUAAUAUAUGCAUUCUACAAUAAGCUGCCGUGAUUUGUGUCUGAACUGCCUCGGAAAAAGAUCUCGAACGUGUGGUUCCGUGAGAGUAGUACUCUCAACAAUCUAUCAUUAAAAAAUAGAGUGGGCCCAAAAUGGAACCUUGUGAUACACCAGAUAUUAUUUUUAGCUUUGCAAAACUACAGUAUGUUCAUUAAUGGUUUGUAGUUGGACUAUCUGAAAAAGAUAUCUCAAACUAUAAUAAUCUGCAGUGGUUUGUGUCUGCAAUACCUGAAAAAGAUGUGGGGGUCCAUAUAUCUUAGUGGGGGUCAAUGUAUAGUUGCAGUUCAGUCAUAAAGUAAAGGUAAAAAAUUGGAUUCGUAACAUGUACCACACAUAAAUAAUUCAAUUCAAUCCCUUUUCUACCUUCUUUGUUAAUUUGUAUUCCGGCCUUUUUUUUCUCACACUGAUAAAAUUUGAAGAGAACUAUAAGCCCCACCAAUAAUAAUAGUAUCAAUUAUAUCCCUAAUGGGUAUUCCUGGGUUAACCAUUGGUUAGCCACGGAAGGCUAUCCAAUUUCGCCGAUUCUAUAUCUCACCGAACUCGUAUAACUGCGAGACUAGAUGAAUAUCAUUUGUUUCAUUUAGUAUUUAUAAAGGAUUUGUGAAUUAACUAUACGGCAAACAAAAGACACACAGAAUCAUUUUCAGAAUUAAUUUGGUGGAAACCAAUUUGGCAAAGAUUUCAGAUCGUUAAAUCACAUAACAGAAUUGCAACCGAGUAUGCGAUAAUGUAUGGCCUUUUUAGGCUUAGAUCAGUCUUUACUGUUCUAUUUCAGAAUUGUCCUCGGAGUAUAUUGAAGACCGUUUUAUAUUUAUUUUAGGGAAGAUUUUAACACAUUCCCUCCUUGACAAGUAAGAUGCAAGCAAUUUCUCAACAAUCUAUCAUUAAAAAAUAGAGUGGGCCCAAAAUGGAACCUUGUGAUACACCAGAUAUUAUUUUUAGCUUUGCAAAACUACAGUAUGUUCAUUAACUUUGAUUAACUAGUUGGGCUUCCAGUAGUGCUAUCAGGACCCGAUGUCAAUCAGAUUAUAUCUGACUAACUAAAUGGCAUUUAAAUCUUUCAUAUUCGUUUCAUUUAUCCUUUAAGAUGAUUUUUCUGGAUAUUCAGUAAUGAUUGUAAGAAUGACCCUGUGGUCAGCCAAUCUCGCCUAUCUACAUGAAUUAUCAUUACACGUGUAUGAAUUAGCAACGAUCAUUAAGACAUAUCUCUGGACGCUUAAGCAUUUUCAUGCUUUUGUAUCUUAUAUGAUACUGUUUAAAGUAAAAUGAAAACUUUCUUCAGGAUUAGGACAUACAAAAUUAUUCAUUCUCUUUUUUUUACAUUUGUUUCUAAGGCAUGAGUUUUGCGCGUCUAUCACACGUAAGUUAUUACGGAGCUUUAGAUUUGACUACGAGUACGAGAUUUGAUCGCGUGCUAGGAAAUUACCGUAGUCGUUUUCGUUUUCACUCAAAUGUUGUUUUUAUAGCAGUAAACCAACAACGAGAGAAAAAGUUUCAUAAACUAAAUCUCCUGCAGACUAAAAUCCCCUACAAAACGUGAAAAUAAGUCAUAACAUUAAAAACAGGCCAGAUAUUUAGUAUUAAUAUAUUAUUUGCGCCGGAUAAACGCUAUAUAAAUGCUAGAAAUUAUUUUUGGAAAACAAAAAAAAGUCAACUUUCUUUGUUUUUUUGAAAAGUCGUCGUGAGGACUACGAGAUUUAUCCGCAAGUUCGUUCUCAGAUGGGCGACGGCUACCACUUUUUCGCGUCAGUACGGGAUGGCGUAAGCAUACAGCAUGCGUUUUCGCUUGACGAAUCUCGUACUCGUAGUCGUACUCGUAGUCAAAUCUAAAGCUCCCUAUUUGCGCAUGUCGUUUGCGCGCUCCUUUUACUUUUCUAAUAUAUUUCUUAAAACCUUUGAAAAAGCUUUUUGAAAAGUUACGUAUAACACAUUCUAGCAUACAUAAACUUGCAAUUACAAGAAAAAUGUUCGUAUUAUAUUAUUUAAAGAUGUGCAUGACUUUCUAACAGAAGAACUAAAAAUUUAAUAAAGUUAGGAAGCCAGGUAAAGAUAUAUUCAUAUGAAUAUUACAACACAACAUUCAUUUACCUUCAGUUUGAGAGAGCUUUUACCACCUUCCCCCAAGAUUGCUCCUUCGAAUGAUUUGUGAUGCUUAAAGCAGCUUUCUUUUAUGGUAAUAUUUUUGUUUACAUUCUUGAAGUUCUGUUGACUUUUCCCAGUUCAUAAAUAGAUUUCAAUCAGCUGUUUAAAUGUGUUUGUGUAUAGAAGUGUUAGGAUAAAACACGGACGGACGGAUGGAUGACGGACGGACGGGUGAAUGGCGGACGGACGGCUUAUAUUCUCGCAAAAUGUCUUUUAACAGUCAUAUCCGCGUUUUAUCCUGUGUAAUAAGUGUGUAUAUGCAGUUCCACUUCCAGAUGUCAGAAUUAGAGAGAUGUCCGUAUUGAGAGAGAUAUCUGUCUUAGAGAGAUGUCUGCAUUAGAGAGAUGUCCAUGUUAGAGGAGUGUCCGUAUUAGAGAAGUGUGAGUGUUAGAGAGGUGUCAUUUUUUGACGAAUAUUUUUAGGUGCACUGGGUGACCUCUUUACAACAACAUUGUUAUUAUACAUAUAAUGAAAGAGUCGUGGAGAACGACUUGCCAGCCAUUAUUCGAUAUCUGUUUUUAUCAAAUGUGCAUGGCGUAUAAUAAAUAUAGAUAUUUAGGAUGUAAAAAUUAUGUGUGGAAAACCAUAAGGUUCUAUUAUGGGUCCGCUGCAUUUUGAAACUGUUCAAUAUCGAAUGUUUUAAUAUGUUGUCAAUCGGUAAAGGGAAUGAUUUUUUUAAUAGAAUCUUUUGCAAGCAGACAUUUUUAAGACUAAAUACACUCGGCUUUUAGUACUUGGCUUUUAGUCCAUGAAAAACCUAGAGCUCAAUCAUUUCAAGUCGGAAAUGCGUGACGCGCGACGAACAAUCAGUUAGUAACUCUCCCAAGAAACCAUAAACAAUUUGCCCCUAGGGAAAAAACAAACACAUAACUACUUUUUAAACAAAUGUGAUUUCAGCUGAAUAUUUCAAGACUAUAACAUCUUUAUCAUAAUAUUGAUCUGGUAAAGAUAAUAAAAAUGUAAUUAAUGGGUCAUGAGGGGAAGCAAAAUGUGUGGUCUUUUUAACUGAUAAUAUUUCACAGAGAUUACACAAAACUUUCACUGAUACUUUUACAGAAAUUAGUCUAAUACUAUCAUGUAAUCGGGUCCAAAAAUUAAGUCAACGUUCGCGUCAAAUUUCUUUUAAAUACUGGUUAUUAUAGAAUGGAAAAUGUUUAUAAAAGUCAUUUUAAAACACUUCAAAGAAUCGUAAACAAGCCAAUUUCCUUGUAUCUUAACACAGGUUUCGUGUUUCGAAUCACGAUAAAACGUCUGGCAGUGUGUUAACACGACAGCCUCAAAUCAUUAUUGUAAAUUCUAUAUCGUGUAUGAAAAAUCACUUCAAGAAUAUAUAAAAAUUCACAUUCGCCAAUUUCCAUGUCCAAAUUAGCUCUUCUACACUUCAAGAACAGUCUAUUACACGUAAAUAUAUUAUAGAAAUACUCUAUCUUGUUUUUACAUUCGCGUUUAUUUGAGAAACAACGAAAAUAUAAAGACUUUUAUAUUGUUUUUCAAAAUUCAAACACACUCGACAAAAGCCUCGUUUUUCAUCAGUUGCUCGGUCCUGUAUUUUGAGAUGCGCUGUUUCACUGGACAGCAGUCACACAAAAUGGCCGAACAACAUUCUAAGAACGAUUUAAACGAAGAUGAACAAAAGGUCCUCAAUAUAUUCAAGUACUUAUAUUGUAUUGUACUGUGUUUAGUUUCAAAAUAUUCCUGAAGUAUUUAGCUUGCUAGUUAUGUACAGUUUUUGGUCGGAAUGUUUAAAUUUGUGUGUAUUUUUGGGUAUAAUAUUUGUAUUGUGUACUGUACUGUCUUUACAUAAAACAUUCGGUAUAUCAAUUAGCAUGUAAUUAAGGACUGCACUUCCGUAUUUUGAACGAUAACUUUCUGUUUAGUAUUUAACAGUAGAAUGUUGUGUUGUACUUUAUUGUAUAGUUUGUUAUUUUUGAUUAUAUAUUUUGUUAUAUUUUCCUACAAUUGUACAAAUCACCAUUAUUACAAUAACUUUUCUUCAACAAGAAAUUGACAGUGUAAAAUUGUAAACGUUGAGACAUGUUGCAUUGAGGAAAUUUUCCCAGCAACUGGGAACAUAUUUUCGGACACAGAUGUUGUUAUAAAAAAAGUAGUUGAGGGAAAAUUGUGACCAUGGCCGGCAUUCUACUCUGCCAACACUUGAAAUCUUUACAUAACAUACUCGUAAGGGAUAAAAAAUGAAAGAAAUGGGAUGAAAAAUAUUGCCAGAGUAAACAGUGGACCAUGCUAGCAAUACAUACAUCUGGAAGUAUGUCACCUUGGCUAUACAGCCCUGUUUUUGUGGUUGAGAUGUUAGGCUUUAACUCAUGUCACAUACACAAAAAUAUGAGGCUUUAUAGCCAAAGUGACAUACUUUCCUGAAGGAUGUAUUUCCAUGUGACCAAUUUUUAGAUUACAUGGCAUAAUUAAGAUAACAUAGGCAUAAAGAUUUUUCAAGCAUGAAGCUUUACUGUUAUUUUUAUUUCUUAGGCAUUACAAAACUUUCUUGAAAGCCUGAAUACAGACAUGUUAAAGUCAGGAUUACCUCCUGUGAGUACGGCUAUGGCUCUCAAAUUUCUCAUGGCAAGAAAGUUUGAUGUCACUCGAGCUUCGAAACUUUUCAAACGACACUUGGAGGUUCGUGUUAAAUACAAGAUGGCCGAGAUGAAGCCACUAGAUGAACCCUUGUCAAAAGAAUUGUUGAGUGAAAAACUAACCAUUCUUGUAAGUAUCCAUGUUAGUUUAAGCUAUGUUUACACACAACGAUUCAUUGGGCCGAUUUAAGGUCUUGCUGAAUGUUAAUGAUGAAUGUUUUCAGUUGAUGAUGUUGACAACAUAUUUUUCACAUAUCAUUUUAAUUAAAGCUGAAUUGGCCUGAUUGUGUGUAAACAUACCUUUAUGUUUCCUACUGUAUAGUAACACUGGAUCAAUAAGGAUGAUCCUUACUGGGCUUCUAGGAAGAAAAUAAAGUUAGUUUAGUUUAGGUUUCCUCCUGUAGUAAUACUGGAUCAAUAAGAGAUGACCCUUGCUGGAGCUCUAGGGAAAACAGUUCAGAACUGAUAGAGCUAUCCAGUACAUAUAAAGUUAGUUUAGUUUAUAAAGUAGGUUUCCUCCUGUAGUAUCAAUAAUAUGCUGAUUGUCAGGCCUAUGUUUUGCCCGUCUAAUUAUGCUAACCGAUUUUCCCUUUUAGUGUAAGGCGGGGAAAAAAUAGGCCUGACAUUCAGGUUAGAUCAAUAAGGGAUGAUCUUAAGUUACUAGCUAGAUAUCCAGGCACUAUGGUUCUUUAACCCAUUGAGUCGCAUUGCACCCUGAUGCACCCUACUUUAGUAUUUUACUCUGUCUAACGCCAGACGAUUUUACUCGUCAAGGGGAGAGCGCUGGCGCUUAAUGGGUUAACAAGCUUGUGUGGGUAAACUAAAUCAUGAUUUGUUGUUGCAGGAUAGAGUAGAGGCAAACAAACCUGCUGUAAUAUUAGUGAAUGGAAAAUAUUACAAACCUGAAGAGAAAGAUCAUCUUUUUUUGAUUCAGUCUCUUAUAUUUCAGUUGGACGAAGCACUCAGAGAGUAUGUAGACUGUCUGUACUUGUUUUUAAUAACAGCCAUGUACAUAUUUUUAUAUAAAAUAACACAAUCCUGGACAACCAUUCUGACCUGCAAACCCUUGACCCAAACAAAACAUGGAGAUAAAUACUUUCAUUUGAAGGUUAACUAAUUAAAAUUGCCUCUUGAGUAAAAAAUACAUUUUCCUUUACUUUCAGCUCUUCAACACAAAGAAAUGGCCUGAUAUUGAUUUACAACAUGACUGACUCUGGGAGAGAAAAUUUCAAUUACAAACUUAGUAUAGAAAUUCUUAAUUUGCUAAAGGUAAGAAUCUCUUGCUUGCCAAUUUUUUAUAAUAAUUCUGGAGUAUUUCAAAUUUUCAUUGCUUCAUUUUGUUGGAUUUAUUUUAAUGGAUUUAACACAGUGGCUCUGUGUACAUUUACCCAAUUUAUACCAGAGAUUGAUGAUUCGUUUUUGAUGGCGUCAGGCAAAGAAAAUAUAGUUUGUUAUAAUUCAUCUGUCUGUCAUCAGGGACAGAUCCAGCCAGAUCAGGUAUGGGGGGAAGGUGGUGCAUAUUGUGCCUUGGUCAUGGUUUAGCUGCACUAGAGGGAGGUACUUACCACACCCCACCCCACUGCCACACCCAUCCCGCUGCCUUUUGCCAAGGAGAGUCCUGCACACACCCUUACACAACCUCAGUACUGAAUUCAUCUAUGUCUGUCAUUGUGGCCAGCACACUGAUCAUUAGGAACUUUGCAUAAUUUUGACAGAUGAAUCAUCAGUGUGUACAAAUAUGGUACUUUGUUUAGCCUGUUUUACACUAUCAAAGUUUCUGUGAUCACAGUAGGAAUUUUGCAUGGGUAAAUUCCAAGUUUUGAAGGAUUUGUAUGUAAUGUUUGAGGGAACUGAUUUAAUGUUAAAUACUGAGUCAGUUCCUCAAACAUUUCUUACAAAUCCUUCAAAACUUAGAAUUUAUCUAUGUAAAAUUCCUACUGUGAUCACAGAAACUUUGAUAGUGUUAACCAGAGUUUACUUCCAGUCUUUAUCUCCCAAGAGUCCAAUGGUUUUCAUAAAAUUGUAAUUGUAUAGUUUUUUUACAGAAAGCCAAGUUAACACAGUUUUCAUUUGAAUAAAUUUCCGUAAUAUUGUGCGUCAGAAAGGGAAAGGAUGUGAUGUUAUUGAUAUUUUUAUUGUGCUAAGAGUAUUACAUGAAAUGACAAUGCAAUUACGUUUUAAAAAGCAAUAUACGUAUUUCUAUCGCUGGUGAUAUUUUGUCGAGCGUAGUCACAGAUUGAAUAGAAGUUAAAUUUUUAUAGAAGGAAAAUUUUUAACGCGUAUAAAUUGCUAUUAUUAUUAAAGCACAUUCAGUUACAGGUAUUUUAUUAUUUCAUGUGUAUAGAUGUUGUGUUGAAUUAGUUUUGAUGUGUAAUUAGUUCAUCAUGAUUGCGUUAUCCACCAAUAAGGACAAACGGUUAAUAUAGCCAUUUUUCGUAUGUCAUUUGCGGUAGAUUCUCGAUUGCCUUAUUAUAUAACACCUAAUUUCAGCUUAUAUAUGUUCUGGAAGUAGUUUUUCGACGCUUAAGAGAACCGUUGAAUGAGUCAUAUUCCUAUAUAAGGCUACCGAAAUUUUGUUAAGAGAAGCGUAGGCUGUAUUUCAAUCUGUGCACCUUGUUUGGAGAUUAUAUACUGAGAUUAUAUAUUGCCACCAAAGGUGGGUAUAUCGAAUAUAGAUGCUGGCCAAAUCUUAAUCAUUUCAGAUUUUUUCAGAAAAUCUACAUAAUACAACGGUUUCAAAAGCCUUAGUAAAUUUAGUCAACGUUUAUUUUAAAGGACGCGUAUCCGGCGAGACUGAAGAAAAUCCUAAUAAUAUCCGCGCCUUUGUGGUUCAAAAUUUCAUUCAAAGUGAUCUCGACAUUUUUGAACGAAAAAAUCCGUGACAGAGUUGAAUUUGCGGACGUUGGGGACAUUCAGCAACAUCUCGAACAAGAGUGUAUCCCGAAGAAUCUUGGGGGUAUGUGGGACGUCAAUCAUAGUUUAUGGAUGUCGAGGUGUAUGGACUCCUAUGCGGAGGGGAAUUGUGAUGAACCGUGUUUUCAAUUGACUGCACCUGUGUUGAUCAGUGGAAGAAAGACUAUUGGUAGGUCGUUCGUAAUUUCCAUCUACUACACACGUAAAAUUGCACAAGGCGUUCAGGUCCAUUUCCACUCAGGAAAAUUUUCCGCAGAAAGAAAAUUUUGUAAAAUGUGAUUGGCCGACACAAAUUUUCCGUCGGAAAAAAAUUUUGACGUUUUAAUAAUGAUAUUUUCGGAAAGUUUUAGUGUCCAUGGAACAUUUUCUUGAGUGGAAAUGGGCCUUGACAGGUUUGCAAACAAGUUGCUUGUUCCCAGUUGUUGUAACAAGUUCUGCUAUUUGAAAAGAGAGUUCUGCUAUUUGAAAAGGGAGUUCUGCUAUUUAAAAAGGGAGUUUAAAAAGGGAGUUCUGCUAUUUAAAAAGGGAGUUUAAAAAGGGAGUUUUGCUAUUUGAAAAGGGAGUUCUGCUAUUUAAGAAGGGAGUUUAAAAAGGGAGUUCUGCUAUUUAAAAAGGGAGUUCUACCAUUUGAAAAGGGAGUUCUGCUAUUUGAAAAGGGAGUUCUGCUAUUUGAAAAGGGAGUUCUGCUAUUUGAAAAGGGAGUUCAGCUAUUUGAAAAGGGUUGAGUUCUGCUAUUUGAAAAGGGUUGAGUUCUGCUAUUUGAAAAGGGUUGAGUUCUGCUAUUUGAAAAGGGGGAGUCCUGCUAUUUAAAAAGGGAGUUCUGCUAUUUAAAAAGGGAGUUCUGCUAUUUGAAAAGGGAGUUCUGCUAUUUAAAAAGGGAGUUCUGCUAUUUAAGAAAGGGAGUUCUGCUAUUUAAAAAGGGAGUUCUGCUAUUUGAAAAGGAAGUUCUGCUAUUUAAAAAGGGAGUUGGAACCAGCUGUUAACAACUUGUAACAAGCUUGAUGGCAUUAUCAGACUUGUCACAAGGUUAUUCUAACACGUCUGGUACAAUCAUGAAAUAACAAGGUUGACGACACAAGGUUGUAACAAUAUGUUGUUAUAUCAUGACUGUGUCGGACUUGUUGGAACAACCUUGCAAUAAAUCUGAUAAUAUCAACAAGUCUGAUAAUAUCAACAAGUUUGUUACAAGUGUUAACAAGUAGUUCCAUACUUGUGGACAACUUGGGAAGAACACAACUUGUUGACGGUUUGUUGGCAGACUUGCUACAAGAUGUGAUAUUUUUACGUGUGUAGCAGGCUUGAUUCAGGGGUAAGGGGCGGACCAUUAGAAAAGUGAUGGGGGGACAAAAAUAAAAAUCGAGCAGGGGAAACAGAAAGAAAAAAAAAUCGUGCACCAAAAAAGUUUGAAAAAAAAAAUUCGUGCAGAGACUUUUCAAUAGGGAAAAUUAUAAGUUGAAAUAAAAAAAAAUUCGUGCAAGGGAUUAUAUUUAAAAAAAAUAUCGACACAGGCAAAAAAGGUAAAAAAAAUGUAAAAAAAAUAUUCGUACAAGUUGAAAAAGACUCCCCCCCCCCAUCACUUUUCUAAUGGUCCGCCUCUAAGAGGCAGCAUGAUAGCACAUCUCUAACACCCGUACUCUCUCCUGACAUGAUUCAUGUAACAUUUAGAUAUCCCGAAGCAGCCUACUAGCCAUCAGCCUACUAGCCAACAGCCUAAAAAAUUACCAGAUAUUAAUGUCCCCCCGGCAGAAUCAUCCCGUAUUAGCACCUCCCGUAACGGAGCUCCAGUUGAUGGUAUGACUGUUCAACAACUACUGGCUCAUAUGAAGAAGCAAGGAUCUGGUGGAAUAAAAAGAGAGUUUGAAUCUUUGGCGAAAUAUGAUCGAAAAGCUUCAUAUGAUGUUUUCAAGUAAGGAAAAUUUGUUGUUUUGUUUUGAUAUAAUAGACCGUCAUCAUCUAUGUUUUUGUCUGGGUCUUUGCAAAAAAAUGGUUGGUUCAUCGUCACGUGUGUAUUGUAUUUUCACUAGAGCAACCAAUAGCUAUGUUUUCAUUUAACCAUUGUGUAAUAUCACGACUGGGUAAUUAAACCCGAGAUUAAACCAACACACUGUGAUUGGUUAACGUGGGUUCAAUGGGCGAAAAACCCCCCAGUACACGUGUAGAUAAUGAGGUCUAUUAUGUCUGCAUUGAGUCCCCAAACCUUAUUCUGAUUUUUUUCUGUGUUGGUGUUAUGUACUCAGGUGAAGAUGAUGUUUGUGAUAUUACUCUGACGAAGUACUCUAGUUAUCCAAAGGUCAUAGGUUCGAUUCUCACCGUGGCCAGGCAUAUUUUUCAAGCUUGUCCGGUGUGGAUAUUCACUCAGACAGGGUCCCCACGGUCCUUGAAAAUCCUGGAAAGUCCUUGAAUUUCUUAAAAAAUAAUCCAGGCCUGGAAAGUCGUUGGAAACUGAUAAGGUCCUUUAAAGUCCUGGAAUUUUUUUUCAUUAGGCUGGAAAUAUUUGAAGAAUUAUCACCAGCCCAAGGAUUAUUGCCCAAAUGUUUAUUUUCUCCAACUUCAUUUAAAAUUGUGUAUAACAAUUGUCCAAAAGUUGUUUCGAUGUCAUUUUUUUCUAAUUGCAUCCCUCUCCUUAAGUUUAAGGGUUUCAAAGAUUUUUGUCCAGAUAUUCAAGGUCCUUGAAUAUACUGAAAAAGAUCCUUGAAAGUCCUGGAAAAGUCCUUGAAUUUCAUCUUCACUAAAAGGUGGGGAUCCUGACUCAGAGUAACAUCACAAACUUCUUCUUCAUCCGUUGACUGUAAUGAAACAUACCUAUUACUAUAAGUAAAUGGAAAAAUAGUAAUAUAGGUAUCAUCAAUUUUGAUUUCCACCGCACAGAUCACCGUACAACAGGCCAAAGAAUCGAUAUAUAGAUGUGAUAUGUCUUGAUCAAUCCAGAGUCAACAUUCCUCCUGUCAGCGGAGACGAAGUAAGAUUAACAUGCGGAACGUUUUUCUAAAUAUGAUUUUAACAACUCUCUCGUUCUUUGUAUUUACUGAAAAAAUUGAUCUAUCUUAUAUUUUUCAGAGUACAGAUUACAUUCAUGCAAACUUUGUUGAUGGCUAUCAUGGGAAGAAUACCUACAUCGGCGCACAAGGUAUGGUACACGUCGUUAGUACAUCUGCUACAUACAUAACAACGCACAAGUUGUAACAAACCUGCAGCAAACUUGUAGCAAUGCUGUUCCAACAACUCGGCAACAGGAUGUGUUCGCACUGCUUGUUCCCAGCUUGUUGACAACUUGCUACACAAGGUUGUUGAGUUCAACCGACUUGUUACAAGUUGUUCCAACAACUUGUUAUCGUCCUGCAAUUCAACAAGUUGUGAGUAACAACCUUGUAGCAACUUGAUAAAAAACAGUAUUGUUAUAACUUGUUGUCUGUUGACAAGCUUGCUACAAGAGAUUUUUACGUGUGUAACAGAAGGUUAAUGCAAUAAUAAAUUUGUUGAGCCAAAAGCUAUGGAUGUCAACUUUUACAACUUUUUCCUUCAGGUCCUUUACCGGCUACGUUUAGGGAUUUCUGGAGAAUGAUCUGGACAACGGGGACUGUGGUGAUUGUAAUGUUAACAAAGUAAGAUACAACGGUACCUUUGCUC